GUUAUUUUUUUCAAAUUUUAUGCGAGUACCGAUCUGUAGAGCCGUAUAACCCGUAGAACCCGUAGAACAGAGCCCGUAGUCGUCCGUCGUCAGACGAUCGCCGGCGUUGAUAGCGCUCGCAACGAAAGAGGAACACAAAUCGAGGAAACGAAGAAAGAACAGCCACAGCUAUAACGAUCGAACGACCAGCACCCCCCCCCUCGAACGAAACCCCAUAACUAACCCACAAAAGCAAAACCCCCAACAAAACGCGUCUCCUCUAUAUAUAUCUCUCUCUCUCUCUCUGUCUCUGUCGCCCGUGUCUGUCGUGUUCCGUGUAGAGUUCAAAAUGUACAACAAGCUAAAACAAUAAAAAAUAAACUAGAGAAAGAGAGAGAAACCGAAUCGACACACAAAAACAAAAAAGAAAGAAGCAACCUAAACGAGAAAGAUUAUAAACGCCCACACACAAAAACAAAAAAAAAAGAACUACACGUAGCCGCUAAGCCGACAACAAGAGGAAUCCCGGUCCCCAGCCCCAGCCCCAGACGAAGACGAAGGCCCCAUCUCACCUACCGCCACCCACCCCACUCGCUCGCUCGCUUCCACCACCGCUAAAAACAGUUAGCCGCCAUGGAACGCCGCCAAACCCUAGACUCAUCGAUGUCUUCGCUCUAUUCGGCUGCCUCCUCGAGUCGCCAGAUCCAGUCGCAGUCACAUCCACAGCCACAUCCACAGUCACAUCCACAGCUACAGCUCCAGUCACAGCUAUCACAGCAGUCACAGCAGUCCCAUCCGUCCCCGUCGCAGCUAGACGCCUUCAAUUAUUCAGCAACAAUGUCAUCAUCAUCGCCAACUCCAAGCCAGGCCCUGUCCACAGGCACCACCGCCGCUGCCACCACCACCGCCGCCCCCUCGCUGCGUGCCACAACCAUCGGCACUGUUGUCGUCCGCUGCGGACCCAUCCAGCUGGUGAUAGCGCUCUUACAAAGUCCCGAGAAGAUCUACAUCAAAGUCGUCGAGCUGGAGCCAAAGAUCACGUCGCUGGGCGAGAAUCUCGAAGAGUCCGUGCGCAUGCAGCGGGAGCACGAUGAUACCCUGCGAAAUCUGCAGAGCCUGCCCGGACCGAUGGACGAGUUCGUGCAGAAGGCCGACAAGCUGCUGGCCAGCAAGAGGAUCAGCUCGGAGCUGGUCAACGCCAUGGCCGACACCUUGAACGUCAUCUGGCAGGACAUCCUGAACCUGCUGCAGGACCGGCAGCACAUUCUGCUGCUCUGCACACAGUUCCACGACAAAAUGACGCAGUGCUUCAGGCGCAUGGACCAGCUGGAGAUGGCCUGCAGCGAGACCCAGCAGCCGAUGGAUGUGCCGCAUGUGCAGGAGUUCCUCAGCAGAUUCAAGCAGCUGAGGAUCGACAUGCUCACGGGCGUGAUGGCCGCCCUGAAGGACGGCAACGAGCUGCUCUCGCAGCUGGAGGAGCUGGAGAAGCUGGAGACCCUGGACACGCGGCCCGAGCACAUCAAGCGGGACGCCACGCGGGCCGUCCACCAGGUGCAGCAGUGGCUGGAGGCCCUGCACGACCGCAGGAACGACCUGGAGGUCGCCUGGCAGACGCGCAAGACACAGAUGGAGCAGUGCCUGGCCCUGGGCCUGCUCGGACGAGAGCUGAUCGACCUGGAGGCGGCCCUGCAGAAGGCCAGGAUGGACCUCAACACCAUGUACAGCCUCGGGGAGUGCGAGCACACGGCCAACGAGAUGCUGGCCCGGUACAGGGAGUGGAAGCAGCAGGCGCUGCUCCUUCGCGAUCGUGCGCUGAAGAUCACCCGCGCCAAGGAGAAGGUCCAGUCGGCGGGUCUCUUUUCGGGGGACGAGGCCUGUGCCCGGGCCUAUGCCGUCCUCAGCGGCUGCACCGAGCACCUGGAUCUCGUGGAUCAGCGCGAGCACUGGCUGCACCAGUCGCGGGAGUUCUUCGCCAAGGCCGAGCACACGCUCAGUGUCCUGGAGAAGCUGGAGCUGGAGCUGGCGAGCGUCAAGCUGCCGCCGAACUCCCCCGAGAGCUAUGCCAUGUUCUCCAAGGUGGAGCGCGACGUGCGAAGCUUCACCGAGGAGCCGCUGCGACUAGGCUACGGCAUCUUGGACGAGGUGGGCCGCACGCAACCGGAGACGCAGGGCGUCAAGCGGGUCCUCGACGAGCUGGAGAACCGCAAGGCCUACAUCGAGGGCAUCUGUGCGCACAGCAGCGAGGACCAGCAGAAGGUGCAGCGAGCCCUCGCCGAGUUCCUCGCCCAGCACAACGAGCUCCUGGCCUGGCUGCGGGCCUCCGGGCAGCUGCAUCUCCAACAGAGCGUGGACAUGGGCCGGAAUCUGCAGCAGUCGAAGCAGUUCCUCCUGCAGCAUCACGAGCUAAUGCAGGACUUGGAGGUGAGUCCAGAGACACUAUUAAACCCCAUUAAGACUCAAACUCAAACGAACCCCCUUUCCGUUUCCGUUUCCGUUUCCCUCUGCCAGAUCAAGGGAGAACUCAUCAACCUACUCCUCGAGAGCAUCAAAGUCCACUUGGAGUCGCUGAGCCCUCAGCAGCGCUACGAUGUCGACUCGAAGGCCGAGUCCCUGCACAAGCACUGGAUCGAACUCAAGGAUCUGGUGCUGAAGCGCGUCGACUACGUCUCCCUGCUGAUCGAGUUCUUCGAGCAGGCCAACGAGCUCUCUAGUCAGCUGAAUCACCUGCAGCGCCAGCUCCAGCAGACGCCCGACGAGCACAAGCUGCAGUUCCUCCAGGCCACAUGGUCCAACAUUAUCCUGACCUUCAGCGAGCUCAAGUCCCGCGGACAGCGAUUCAUCAACUUGAAAAUUGUGGAUCCAUAUCUCGAGACGAAAUCCUCGACGCAGGCAGUGGAAGAGACGCUGAACGGUUUCAGUAAGCGGCAGUGCGACGUGACGAGCAGUUUGGAGAAUUGGACAACGACCAUCCAGGAGAAGCGAGAAGUUGAAUAUCUGCUAGAGAAAGUCAUGAGCGAUAACGAGGAGACGGUUGCCAAGAGCACCCAGGUGGACACCCAAUUGUAUCCCGUCUUCGGUUCCCCCUCGGUGGACACGAAGCAACUGCUGUCGGGCAUACGGGAGAAGCUCAGCUUCGUCGGCCAGGACAUUGAGCGGGCCCAGGACGAGAUCCAGCACCGCAUUCAGACCACCCUGAGCAUCCAGACCAAGGACCAGCAGUCGCUGGCCAAAAUCGAGCAGGUGAUCAACAAUCUGCGCAUGCUGAAGGCCCGCCUCGACGGCAUCAAGUACGACUAUCGCACUCUCAUCGAGAGCGUGCUGCUCUUCCUGGAGAACAUUGCGCAGCUGCGAAACGAGAUCGAUGAGUAUUUCGCGAGGCAGCACCCGUCCCCAUCCCAAUCGUCGGGCAGUGUGGAGCGCAGCAUUGCAGAGCACGAGAGAUUCCGCGAUCAUUGCAUGGAUAAAUUUAGAUCGUUAAUCACACAAUCCGAACUGCUGAUCGAUCGGGUGCGCGUGCUGGAGCCGCCGGGGGCACGCGAAAUCGACACCGAUCGCAUUUUGAAGUUGUUGGAGAUUCUGCGCAUUCACUUCGAGACGCAGUGCAGUGCCAGAAUGUCGUCGCUCGAGCGGCUCGAGAAGAUCGAGCAGUUCCGCAACGAUCUGGAGGACAUCGAUCGGAGUCUGGACAGCGUCAGCAAGCAGCUGCACGACAUCAAUGGCCAGAGUGUCGAUAGUCUGGCGGCGGCCAAGACCACAUCGCUGGCAUUUGAGUAUUUUGAACGUACCAUUGAGUGUUCAAUGCCCAAGCAAUUGAAAUCGACUCGCCAUCAGCAACGCUGGGGCCAAACAGCCCACACUCUCGAGCUGCUCGAGAAACGCAUCGAAAAGUUCACAGAUUCGACGAGCCAGCAGCUGCUGAUCACGAAUCCCGAAAGCGAACAGUACGUCAAGGAGGAGCUCCGUAAACUCAACGACAAGUGGCAGGGCUUCAAGGAUCAGGUGAAGCAGAAACGAAAGAGCCUCAAUCAGGCCACAGAGUUCUUCGAGGUUGUCGAAAAGAUCGAUGCCGAAUAUCGGGAGAUCAGCUAUUUCUACAGCAGCGUCUCCAACAAGGUCCCGUAUCUGCGCGACUCUGUGGAGGCGGCCAACCUCGUCAACGACAUCGAGAACUAUGUCACAAGUCGGGAGCCGGGACUGCGCUCGAAGCUGGACAGUGCCUCGCAGUGCGCCCACGACAUGAGCAAGGUGUCGGCGCUCUACAACGAUGUGAUGAACAUCUUCCAGUCCUUCAUCAAGCUCAAAAUGGACAUCAACAUUGUGCAGGAGCGCCUGAACCAGGAGCAGCGACAGCGGGAGCAGAGGGAGCGCGACUCGCGCGAUCAGGCGGAACGGGAGAAGGCCAUGCGCGAGGCAGAGGCCAGGGAGCGCGCGGCCAGGGAGGAGCAGGCCCGUCUGGAGAGCCAGCGACAGCAGGCGGCCAUCGAGCAGGCCCAAAGGGAGCUGGUGGCCCGGGAGCUGGCGCUGCGCGAGCAGGCCGUUCGCGAGGAGGAGUCCCGGCUGAAGGCCGUGCGGGAGCAGGCCGCCCGGGAGCAACUGGCCCGGGCACAGGCGGCCCGCGAGGAGGAGAUGCGCAUUCAAACGCUGCGGGAGAUUGCCAAGCGCGAGGAGGAGGCCCGUCUGCACAGCAAGCGCGAGGAGGAGAUCCGAAUCAAGCGCGAGGACGAGUCGCGCGCCAAGCGCGAGGAGGAGGCCCGCAUUCAGCGCGAGGAGAUCACGCGCCUGCAAACACUGCGCGACCAGGUGGACCAGCAGCGCAUCGUCACCGAGAACAUCCGCAAGGACAUCCAGGUGAACUCCAUCUUCACGGAGCUGCGCUACGCCUCGCCGCUGUUCGUGCGCCCCCUCAAGGACGCCGUGACCCGCGAGGGCGAUCGAUUCGUGUUCGAGUGCGAGGUCACCGGCACACCAGAGCCCGCCGUCGAGUGGUUCAAGGACGGCAUCAGCAUCCUGAGCCACGCCGACUACAAGACCAGCCUCGACAAGGGCAUCUGUCGCCUGGUGAUCGAGGAGACCUUCGCCGCCGACUCGGCGCGCUUCAGCUGCCGGGCCUCCAACCUGGUGGGCACCUGCGACACCAAUGCCACGCUGGCAGUGCGCGAGAAUGCCGCAGAGGUGCAGCUGGUGCCGCCCCGCAUACUGCGGUUCCUCGAGAGCGGCAAGGCCACCGAGGGCAGCUCCUUCCAGUUCGGCUGCAUCGUCGCGGGGGUGCCCCUGCCCACGGUGCAGUGGUUCAAGAACGACAAGUGCAUCGACGACUCGCCGGACUAUGUCAUCAGCUACAACAACGGCGAGGCCACGCUCCGCUUCGAGGAGGUCUUCCUCGAGGACGACGCGGUGUACACCUGCAGUGCCUCCAAUCCGGCGGGCAUCGAGCACUGUUCCGCCAGCCUGAUUGUAGAACCUUUGGAGCCCACAGAACUCCCCAGCUUCAAGGUUCCGCUGUCGAAUGCCAUGGCCCGCGUGGGCCAAAAGAUCAAGCUGGAGGCCGUCGUGAGUGGCAUACCCCGACCGGACAUCUGCUGGGUGCACAAUGGCAAGCCGUUCCAGCCACGCGAUGCAAAGUAUGAAUACGGCCGCGUAACGCUGAUAAUCCCCCAAGCUUAUCCCAACGACGCCGGAUCGUACGUUCUGAGCGCCAAGAAUCUAGCCGGAGAGGCAUACACUAGCUGCAACGUCAUUGUCAAGGGUCGCCUCCCCAACGAAACGUCCGAUUCCGAGAUGGCCAGCGACAUAGAGCCGAUCAAGCCGGCAGUCCACCUGCCGCUGAAGGAUGUCUCCAUUUUCGAGGGCAAGCCGGUGCGUCUGGACUGCGUGAUUGUGGGUCAACCAGAGCCAGAGGUCAUCUGGUAUCACAACGAGCGGCCCGUCAAGGAGUCCGCCGACGUCCAGCUGCUGUUCCAGGGCGAUCGCUGCUCGCUGAUCGUCCAGGAGGUGUACCAGGAGGACGCCGGCCACUACAAGGUGGUGGCCAUCAAUUCGGCAGGGGAGACAUCGAGCAGCUGCGAGCUGAAGGUCACGCCGCUGAACCUGCAGGCCGAGCCGGCCACAAGGGCCCAGGUGGAGAGGCAGAGCCUGCCCAAGGACGCGCAGCCAAAGUUCGAGCGCCUGCUGUCCGAUGUUCUGGCCGAUGAGGGCGAACAGGUGGUCCUGGAGGUGCAGGCCAGCGGCGACCAGCCUCUGAGCGCCCAGUGGUAUCUGACCAACAAGGAGCUGCAGCUGGACGAUCGCGUCACUGCCACGGGGGACCCCGAGUCCGGCGUCUUCAAGCUGAUCCUGAACAAUGCCAGCGUCGACGACAAGGGCGUCUACACGGUGAAGGUCUCCAACCAGGCGGGGGACGCCAAGUGCUUCUCGCAUCUGAUUGUAAAGUCCGUGAAUGCCCCCGAGAACCGCCGCAGCAGCCAGUCCUCCGUGGAGAUCGUAGAGCGACACGCCUGUCCCGAGUUCAGGGAGCUCUUCAGCGACAAGCAGGGCAGCAUCGAUGACGUGGUCAAGUUCGAGUGCAUUGUCAAGGGCAGGCCCACGCCCAAGGUCCACUGGUUCUUCAACGACCAGCCCGUCCACGGACACAACUUCCUCGUCUCCACGAGCGGCGACCGCCAGGUGCUGACCAUCCAGAAGCUCACCCACGAUGCCGUCGGCAAGAUUAGCUGUGUGGCCGAGAACGAGGCGGGAAAGGCCACCUGUGUGGCCUUCCUGAACAUCAUCGGCAGCGGCCUGCCCGCCUCCAGCGACCUGCAGACCAUGACCCAGGAGCACAACACCGAAUCGUCGCGUGUGACCAUCAAAAAGCAGACAUUCACCACCACCUCCACGUCGCAGGUGAACUCCUACGAGGGCAACGUGCCCCAGACGGAGGUGCACCACUCCUCGGCCCACAUUGACCAGUCGCUGAAGCAGUUGGGCCAGCAGCGGCCCGAGAUCAUGGAGAGCCACCACUACCAGGAGCUGCACAAGAGCAAGGAGAUGAGCACGCCCAGCCUGCAGCAGAAGUCCUUCACGGUCGUUCAGUCGGCCGCCAAUGGCGGAGGUCCUUCGCCUCUGCCUGCCAUCACCAUCCCCGACUCCCCCACUCGCCUGCGCAAGGAGAUUGCCCCUCGCUUCACCACCCCCCUCACGGGCAAGAUCGUCGAUCAGGGCGCCGACGUCAGCAUGGAGGCCAUCUACGACGGCUACCCCUCCCCCGAGAUCAAGGUGGAGAAGAACGGCGGCCAGCUGUUCGAUAAUCCGCACACGAAAAUCUCCAAUAAAUUCAAUCGCGUCACCAUCGAGCUCAAGCAGGUGGGCGUGGCCGAUGCGGGACGCUACGCGGUGACAGCCUCCAAUGCCGUGGGCCAAUCGACCAGCACCGCCGAUUUGGUGGUCAAAAAGACCAUCUUUCCGCCAGUCUUUGGGAGGCGCUUGCAGGCACAGGUCGCCAAAAGGGGCGAGAAACUGAUCAUGGAGGUGGAGGUCACAGGACUGCCAGACCCCACUGUGCUCUGGCUGAAGGACGAUAAGCCCAUACAAGAUGCCGGCAUAUCCCCGCACCGACUGCUUGCCCAGGGCAACUCCUAUCGUCUGAUCAUUGAGAAAGCACAAACCUCAGACUCUGGCAAGUAUAUGGUAAGAGCCACCAAUGCCGGCGGGGAGGCCAAAAGCAUCGCCGAUUGUGCCAUUCUGGAGCCAUCGCCGGAGCGCCUCCAAGAGGUCGUCAAGACCAUUGUGUAUGAGACCACGCCCACGGGCGCGCCCACGCCCGCGACAGCAUCGGCCUUGAGCGAUUUUAAAACUGAAAAGCAGCCACAGCAGGAGCCACAGUCGUAUCAGAGCACUCAGAGCGAUGUGACCCAUGCGAACGACCUGCACGGCCUGUCCGAGUCGAAGGUGAUCACUGAGCAUCGUUGCACCACCGAGGCAACCAUGCGUCUAGAGCACAAGUCGGCCUUCAACCUGGAACUGCCCGAGCUGGCACCGCGACCCAAGACACCGCCCACCACCGACACCACCGAUAGAGCCACCGAUACAGCCACCAGCCACACCACAAACACUGCCGCCCCCACACAACAGAUACAGAUACCGAUCCAGACCCCCUUCACAGUCAGCUUCAAGACCGGAGUGACCCAAACCCCACCGCCAGUGCCGCCCAAACCCUGCACGCCAGUGGUAGCCGCACUCUAUGGCCAACAGCAGCCACAGCAGCCACAGCAGAUGCAAACGCAGACCAACACCAGAUACGAGCAGAGCGAACACAAGUCCUCGUCGUCCUUCGACUACUUCAAGAAGAUCGAUGAGGAGACCAUUACACAGCGACCCAAGCCGCUGGCCUUCAAGCCACUGGAGACGGUGGUGCGGCAGCCGCACGCCCAGAGCCUCGCGGAGGAGCUGCGAAGCCUCAAUCUCAUACCGGGCGAUGCGCCCGAGUUCCUCUACGAGCCGAAGGCCGAGCGGAAGGAGCCCAAGGUGCCGCUGAUCAACGAGAAGAUCAAGAUCCUGUCGGAAGUGCAGCCCAUGGAGCCGCCACCGCAGGGCGGGGUGCCAGUGUUCCCGCCCCCCCUCGGAGCCCUGCAGAGCGUGCAGCACGAGACGACACUCACGAAGGAGGUCAAAGUGGAGUACGGCCAGCCCAUAGUGCGUCCCGCGGCGGUCCUGGCCACGCCCGCCCAGCAGAACCCCCGUUCGCCCUCGCCCAAGCCCUCGGCCGAGGGCGUGGCCAUGUCCAAGCUUUGGACACCAGCCGGGGUCGCGGCCCCAGCAGCCACCACGCCCACAAAGGAGCUGAAUGCCCCCUUCCUGGUGCAACAGAUAGCCAAGAGCAUACCGCCGCAGUCGGUCACCCAUCUGGUGAAUGUGGAUCUGGAGCCGGGCACGCCCCCGGAGAUCUGUUUCGCCCCGAAGUCGGAGGAGGCGGUGCGCCGUCGCUCGCUGGUGGAGAGCAUGGAGCAGAAGCUGGAGCAGAAUCUGCUGCAGGGCCCGCGCAAGGUGCUGCCGCACUCGGUGCCGACCCUAACGCCGCCCGCCCCCAGCGCCUACCGCCCGCCACCGCCAGUGCUGCCCACCCGCCUGGGCCUCUACGAGAGCGACUACGAGAGCGAUCGGUACAAGUACAGCGGCAGCGAGAGCGAUGCGGAGCCCAGGGCCCAGCAGAAGCCGCUCGCCACGGAGACGGCGUCCUUCAAGUCGAGCGGCUAUGCGGCGGACACCGAGGAGCACUCGAACUAUAGGAAAUCCGAGAGCAGCUACUACGAAACGAAGACGUCUUCAUCGACCACCAUGGGUGGGGGUGGGGCUCCACAGAAGCUCCAGCCCGAGCCACCGGCAACGAUUUACUAUACCCCACAGCCACAGGCGCCACAGCCACAGCCGCAACAAAAGCAAUCCCAAGAGGCGAAGGACUUCUUUAGCAGCUCGAAGGUGACCAGCAACUACAGCAGCAGCUCCUCGCACCACCAGGAGACCAAGUACUCGUCGACAGGGCCCGUCACGGUCCUGCCGCAGCCGAGUCCUGUGCCGGCCCAGCGAAAGACCCCGGCGGCAGAGUUCAGUGACUACAGCAGCGAGGUGGACGAACGCUUCCGCUCGGUGUCCCGCACCAACGAAUCGGAUGCGGACAUCAAGGGGUAUCGAGUGGUCUUCCCCCCCACACCCACGCCGCGUACGAACGUGGCCACGAACGGGCACAAGUCCCCGGUGGUGGUGAUCACCCCCUCGCCCAUGGAGUUCGAGCCCAUGCCCCAUGAGAGCCGCCCCAAAUUCGAGCCGAUUGGCAAGGAGAUUCGUCACGAGAUCAAGACGGAGAGCAGCAGCAGCAGCAGCUCAAAGCAAUCCAAGUUCUUGCAACAGCAGCAACAGCAGCAGCAGCCCGUAUUCAAGCCCAAGCCUGUGGCAGCAAAGUUUAUAGCUGCCACACAGCAGCAGCAGCAGCAGCAGGCGCAACAGCACUCGCCUUCUCGUCCGACCAUGUACUACAAUGCUGUUGCUGGUGCCCCCAUGCAUCUGGCGAAGGUCGCCACCGAGACCAAGAACUCGAUGCAGAUGCACGAGUCCACCGAGAGCUCUCAGCGGGUGGUCAACAUGCAGCAGACAAAGCGAAUCAUUCACUUUGACAGCCAACAGCAGCAGCAGCAUCAGCAGCAGCAGCCGUUGGAGCCCUUCCCCUACAGCCCAGCCCCGAGUCGCACGCCUUCGCGGCAGUCGCAUCUGCCCCCACCGGCCACGCCCACAAAAUUCAUACCCGGCGAGUUCCGGGAGAGCGACUACGAGAGCGAGGUGGAGGGCGGCUCGCGCAUCCAGCCGCUCUGGUCGCCCUACGGCGACGGCCUGGCCCGGGGAUACCGCCGUGUGGCGCCGCCCCAGGGCUCGGCACGCUCCUGCAGCCUGCCACGCGCCUACGAGAGGGUGCUCUCCCCAAUGGAGUUCGAUCGGGGCCCCGAAAUGCCCACCAAGAUCCACGUGGAUGUGAAUACUCUGAGGAAAGAGCAGCGGGGCGGCAGCACAGUGACCACGCAGCACAGCACCCAGUCCUUGAACAGAAACACCACGAUGAGGGGACAGCAUCAGCAUCAGCAGCAGCAGCAGCAACAGCAGUCCAUGGAUCAGAUAGAUAGGGCUGGCACCCUGCCGCGUUGUGGAUACAGCAGCAGCAGCAGCACCCUGCAGCAGCAGGCCGAGGGUCAGGGCAAGCGCAUGGGCUCCACGUUCCUACAGAAGUCCCAUCAAUUCAUCGAGGAUGUCAGCAGGGAUGUGCAGCAGCAACAGAGGAAUGGCCAUGGCCAUGUCCUGCGACCGGGAUUCAAGCGUGCCCCCAGCGAAGGCAGCAAUCAGCCGCAGGCCUAUCGCGAUGAGUCGCGGGUCUCCCAAUACGAUCAGGGGACUCAAACGGACAGUCUACUCAUAACCGAAGAGGAGGAUCGGCGAAUGGAGGGACCCCUGGACAACGGUGCUGGUAAGACGCCUCUACGCAAAUCAGCCUCGUUCUCCUCGUCCUCAACGUCGACAUCCCAAUCGCAAUCGCAAUCGCCGGCGAGCUCCUCCCUGGGUUCGGCCACGUCGACCAUGUCGCUGCGCUCCUCCACGCCGCUGCGAAGCCACCAGCACUCCGCCUCGACGAGAGCCCUGCGGAGCGACACCAUCAACACGUUCCAGAAGUGGGAGACCACCAUCGAGUCCAUCAGCUACGUGAGCACCAAGACGGUGUCCAUCUCGGACUUUGGCGAGGAGCCGCAGCUACGCGAGCAAACAGUCCAACAACAUUCUGGCGGUGGCACCAUCAUUGGCGGCGGCAGUGGCAUCAACUACGUGCCCCCCGCAUUGACACACGUCUAUGCCCAGGGCGACAUCUCGCCGCCGGUGUUCGAGCAGAUCUUCAAGAACGCUCGCUUCGCUCAGGGCGGCAAUGCCCUGUUCGAGGGACGGCUGCGUGGCAAUCCGAAGCCGUUCGUGACCUGGACCCGAAAAGGCGCACCACUUCUCGAGUCCCAGAAGUUCCGAAUGAGCUACAACGAGGCCACCGGCGAUGUCUCGCUGCUGAUCAAUCAGAUCGGGCCCGGGGAUGAGGGCGAGUACACCUGCACCGCCCGCAAUCAGUACGGGGAGGCCAUCUGCAGUGUCUACAUCCAGCCGGAGGGGGCACCGAUGCCAGCGAUGCAGCAGCCCAUCCAGAAUCUGGAGAAGAACAUCUACUCGAACGGGUACUCGUACACGUCCAUCGAGGAGGAGUUCCGCGUGGACACCUUUGAGUAUAGACUGCUGCGCGAGGUCUCCUUCCGGGAGGCCAUCACCCGUCGCUCUGGCUACGAGCUGGACUCCCAGCUAUCCCAAGAGCUCGACCGCUCCCUGGGCCCUGCGCACGCCCCACAAAUCUCGCAGAAGCCGCGCAGCUCGAAGCUCAUUGAGGGCUCCGAUGCGGUGUUCACCGCCCGCGUGGGCUCCAACCCGAAGCCCCGUCUCACGUGGUUCCACAACGGCCAGCGUCUGGUGGCGUCGCAGAAGUACGAGAUCUCCUAUUCGAGCGGCGUGGCCACGCUGCGCGUGAAGAAUGCCACCGCCAAGGAUGGCGGCCAUUACACCCUUCUGGCCGAGAACUUCCAGGGCUGUGUCGUCUCCUCUGCCGUCCUGGCCGUGGAGCCUGCGGCGGAGUCUGCCUACGAGCCGAAGCCCGUGGACGUGAUGGCCGAGCAGCUGGAGGCGGGCAAGGCCCUGCCCCCGGCGUUCGUCAAGGCCUUUGCCGAUCGCGAGGUAACCGAAGGCCGCAUGACGCGAUUCGAUUGCAGGGUGACUGGAAAUCCCUAUCCGGAGGUCUUCUGGUUCAUCAAUGGCCGUCAAGUGCGCGACGAUGCCUCGCACAAGAUUCUCGUGAAUGAGUCGGGCAGCCACUCGCUGAUGAUCACGAACGUGACCCGGCUGGAUGGCGGCGCUGUCCAGUGCCUGGCCCGGAACAAGGCCGGCGAGGUGGCCAUCGAGGCGCAGUUGAAUGUGCUGGAGAAGGAACAGGUUGUUGCACCGCAAUUUGUUCAGCGCUUCAGCACGAUGACUGUCCGCGAGGGCGAACCCAUCACGAUGAGUGCCAAUGCCAUUGGCACGCCCCUGCCGCGCAUCACCUGGCAGAAGGAUGGCGUUCAGAUCUCCUCAACGGCCGAGCGAUUUGUGGGCAUUGAUGGGGGCGCAACCUGUCUGGAGAUACCGCGUGUCCAGGCCACGGACGCCGGCUGGUACCAGUGCACGGCUCAGAAUAUUGCCGGAUCCACGGCCAACCGGGCCAGGCUCUAUGUGGAAGUGCCCCGAGAGCAGCCGUCGCAAGAACAGAGGCGUUUGAAUCUCCCAAGACCCACCAAAGUGAUCGAGCCAGAGCCCAUUCCUGGCCCCGAGAUCAUCUACUUGCGCCACGUGGAGCGCGCCAAGCCCCAUCUGCGUCCUGGCGAGGAGGAUCGCGUGUAUCCGCCGCCGCAGUUUAUUAUCCCGCUGCAGAAUGUGCAGCAGACCGAAGGCGGUCGCGUCCAUAUGGAGGCGCGCAUUGAGCCCGUCGGCGAUCCCACAAUGGUCGUCGAGUGGUACCUCAAUGGACGUCCCCUGGCAGCCAGUGCUCGUGCCACAUCUGUCUUCAAGUUUGGCUUCAUUGCUCUCGAUCUGCUGAGCAUCAUGGGCCACGAUUCUGGGGAAUACAUGUGCCGCGUGAGCAAUGCCAGUGGCGUGGCCGAGUCCCGGGCCAUUCUCUCGGUGGUUCAGCGUCCGUCCAUCGAUCAGUCGUCGCAGAAUCCGAACAGCGUGCAGUACAUCUCGCAGCUGGAGGACUAUUCGCGCUACCAGCGCCAGGAGAGCUCCGAGGAGCAACUCAACCAGGCUCCGCAGUUUAUACGCCCGCUGCGCGAUCUGGGCGAGUUCGAGGAGGGCAAGAAUGUGCACUUCGAGGCACAGGUGACGCCCGUCAAUGAUCCCUCGAUGCGCGUGGAGUGGUACAAGGAUGGUCUGCCCAUUACGGCCAGUUCCAGGAUCACGGCGAUCUUCAACUUUGGCUACGUCUCCCUGAACAUCCUGCACCUGAGAGCCGAGGACUCUGGCACUUACACUGUGCGCGCCGUCAAUCGCAUUGGCGAGGCCAUCAGUCAGUCCAUCAUCCGCGUCCAUGUGCGCUCUCAGGUCACCGCCGAUCUGGGCAUACCCGAGCAGCAGCGCUACAUUGAGAAGACCGAGCAGCUGGAGGACUAUCGCAGCAAGUCCCAGCAGCGUCGCCAUGUCCAGGAGGCCCCCGAGGCCAUUGCCCCGCCGCAGUUCAAGACGCCCAUCCAGAACCAGCUCGAUCUGCGGGAGCACGCGCAUGCGCACUUUGAGGCGCGCCUCGAGCCCGUCGGCGACUCGACCAUGCGCGUCGAGUGGCUGAAGGAUGGCCAGCCCCUGGAGGCGAGCAGCCGCAUCACCACCUACCACAACUUCGGCUACGUGGCGCUGACCAUCAAGCAACUGACCAUCUACGAUGCAGGAACCUACACCUGUCGCGCCUACAACGCCAUGGGCCAGGACACCACCGUGGCCCAGCUGACGGUCAUCUCAAAGAAUGAAAUCGUCUCCGAAUCGCAGCACCCCGGGGGUCUGCAGAAGAUCCAACAUCUGGAGGACUCUUCGCGCUACGGGCGUCGCGAGGAGGAAGAGAUCUGCAUCAAUCAGGCUCCUCGCUUCCUGGGGCCCAUGAAGGGCACCACCAAGAUCUUGGAGGGCCAGCGCGCCCACUUUGAGGCACGCGUGGAGCCCCAGAGCGAUCUGGGCAUGCAGAUCGAGUGGUAUCACAACGGACGCUCGAUCACGGCCGCCAAUCGCAUCCAAACGUACUACGAUUUUGGCUACGUGGCCCUUGACAUAUCCCAAGUGAGGGCCGAGGAUGCGGGCGUCUAUCUGGUGGUGGCCAGGAACAAGCUAGGUGAAGCUCAGUUGCAGGCAACGAUGGUAGUGGAAACUCGUUCCAAUAUCGACACAUCUAGCAUGCAUCGUGGCCUCUACGAGAAGACCCAGAAUCUGGAGAACAAGCCAUUCGUGGAGCCCCAGUACGACAUUGAGGAGAUCUCCAAGUCGAAGCCCGUGUUCGUCCAGCCCCUGGCCGAUCCCAAGCCCAUCCAUGAUGGCAAGAACAUCCAUCUGGAGUGCCGUCUGGAGCCCAUGGGUGAUCCGACCAUGCGCGUCGAGUGGUUCCACAAUGGCCGCCCCGUGACAGUGGGCUCUCGCUUCAGGACCUACUACGACUUCGGUUUUGUGGCUCUGGACAUCAUCAAGGCCACGGCCGCGGACUCUGGAGAGUAUACGGUACGUGCCACCAAUCACCUGGGCACGGCCCACACCUCUGCCUGUGUGCGGGUCAUCGAUCGCACGGAUGUCGUCACGGAGACGCAGAACGAACAGUCCCUGGAGCAGAUCCAACUGCUGGAGGACUCGCGUCGUCGGCAGCAUCGCGAGGAGGACAUCACCGUGAUGCAGGCGCCACAGUUCACGCGGGCGCUGCACAACAUCGAGACCGUCGAGGGCACCAAUGUCCAUCUGGAGUGCCGCCUGCAGCCCGUGGGGGACCCCUCGAUGCGCAUCGAAUGGUUCGUGAACGGCAAGCCCGUCAAGACGGGCCAUCGCUUCCGUCCCGCCUACGAGUUCGACUACGUGGCCCUAGAUCUCUUGGGCUGCUAUGCCAUCGAUUCGGGGGUGUACACGUGCCAGGCGAGGAAUCAGCUCGGCGAGGCCGUCACCUCCUGCUCCGUGAGGAUCACCUCGAAGAACGACCUGAUCCUGGAAACCCAGAACGAGUCGGGCCUGCAAAAGAUCGCCUAUCUAGAGGAUACAUCCCGGUACCGUCGCAACGUGGAGGUGGAUGAGGUCGUCAACAUCCGUCCGCGAUUCCUCACGCAACCCAAGAGCCUGACCAACACCCGCGAGGGCGGCCACGCCCAUUUCGAGUGCAAGAUUGAACCCGUCACGGAUCCCAAUCUGAAGGUCGAAUGGUUCAAGAACGGACGUCCCAUCACCGUGGGUCAUCGCUUCCGUCCCAUCCAUGAUUUUGGCUAUGUGGCUUUGGAUAUUGUCCAUCUGAUUGCCGAGGACUCGGGCAUCUACACCUGCCGGGCCGUCAAUCUGAUUGGCUCCGACGAGACCCAAGUGGAGCUGCAGUGCCGCAGCAGCGAGCAGAUCGUCACGGUGACCCAGAACGAGGCGGGUCUCGAGCAGAUCCACUAUCUGGAGGAUCGUUCGAGGUACACCCGUCGCGAGGAGAUCGACGAGAGCACCAAGCAGGCGCCCGUCUUCACCACGUCCCUGAAGAACAUCGAGAUCAAGGAGAACCAGCGGGCGCACUUUGAGUGCCGCCUGAUCCCCGUUUCGGAUCCAUCGAUGCGCGUGGAAUGGUACCACAACAAUCUGCCCCUCAAGUCGGGCUCUCGCUUCACGGAAACCUCCAACUUUGGCUUUGUGGCUCUCGACAUCAUGUCCACUCUGCCAGAGGAUGCCGGCACCUACACCUGUCGCGCCUUCAACGCCGUUGGCGAGGCCAUCACCUCCGCGGUGGCUGUGGUGCACACGAAGAAAUCGAUCUACCUGGAAUCGCAGCACGAGACGGCUCUGCCGCGUCUGCAGCACCUGGAGGAUGGCUCCAAGCGUCAGCGGAUCAGCGUCCAGGAUGAGUUUGUCUCCCAGGCUCCGGUCUUCACGAUGCCCGUGCGGGAUGUUCGUGUCGCCGAGAACCAGGCCGUGCACUUUGAGGCGCGUUUGAUUCCGGUGGGCGAUCCCAACCUGAAGGUCGAGUGGCUCCGCAACGGCCAGCCCAUCGAGGCCUCCAAUCGCACCACCACCAUGCAUGACUUUGGCUAUGUGGCGCUGAACAUGAAGUACGUGAAUCCCGAGGAUUCCGGCAGCUACAGCUGCCGUGCCAUCAACGAGCUGGGUCAGGCGGUGACCUCUGCCUCGCUGAUUGUCCAAUCGAAGACGGCCAUUCAGCUGGAGACCCAACACGAGGCAGCCAUGCACAAGAUCCAUCAACUGGAGGACCACAGCCGCUACCAGCGACGCGAGGAGGAGGAGUACACGGUCACGACGGCCCCGGUGUUUGUCACGAAGCUCAUUGGUCCCACGAACCUGAAGGAGGGACAGUCGGCCCACUACGAGUGCCGCAUUGAGCCGUAUCCGGAUCCCAAUCUCAAGGUCGAGUGGUUCCACAACGGGAAGCCCCUGAGCACGGGCCAUCGUUUCCGCACCACCUACGAUUUCGGCUUUGCCGCCUUGGACAUCCUCACGGUCUACGCGGAAGACUCCGGCGAGUACACCUGCCGUGUGACCAAUAAUCUGGGCGAGGCGGUCAAUUCGAUCGUCCUGAAUGUCACCUCCCGCUCCUCGAUCAUCCAUGAGACGCAGCACGAGGAUGCUCUGUCGAAGAUUGCCCAUCUGGAGGACGCCUCACGGUUCCAGCGAAAGGCGGACGAAGAGCAGUUCCAUGCGGAGCGACCGCAGUUCGGGCGCUCUCUGCGCAACGCCAAGGUCAACGAGGGCACGCCAGUGCAUCUGGAGGCCACACUGAUACCCGUCAACGAUCCCACAAUGAAGGUCGAGUGGUACUGCAAUGGCACACCCAUCCAGACAGGACAUCGCUUCAAGACCACCUACGACUUUGGUUUCGUGGCACUGGACAUCCUGUAUGCGCAUGCCGAGGACACUGGCACGUACAUGUGCAAGGCCAAGAAUGCCAUUGGAGAGGCAGUGACGACAUGUGCUGUAAACGUAACAGCAAACAAAACCCUCGAUCUGGACACUAUGGAUGCUGAGAGACUGGAGAAGAUCCGCCAACUGGAGAGCUAUGCCCCACCCACAAAGCCCGUGGUUGAGGAGAAGGGCUCCAAGCCCAUUUUCCUAACGCCCCUGAGCAACCUGGAGCACCUGAAGGAGGGCGAACACGCCCAUCUCGAGUGCCGCGUGGAGCCCAUCAACGAUCCGAAUCUGAAGAUCGAGUGGUUCUGCAACGGCAAGCAACUGCCGAUGGGCCAUCGUUUCCGCACCACCCACGACUUUGGCUACGUGGCACUGGACAUCCUGUAUGUGUAUGGCGAGGACACCGGCACGUACAUGUGCAAGGCCACCAAUCUGCUGGGCGAGGCGGUGAACACCUGCAAUGUGCGGGUGCUGAACCGCCGCAGCAUGAUCUUGGACACCCAACACCCCGAUGCCCUGGAGAAGAUCCAGAAGCUGGAAUCGAAGGUCGUGAAUGCCCGCACUGAGGUCGGCGAUCAUCCCAUCAGUCCGCCGCACUUUACGGCGGAGCUGCGCGGCUCCACGGAGAUCUACGAGGGACAGACGGCGCACUUUGAGGCCCAGGUGGCACCGGUGCACGAUCCCAACCUUCGCAUCGAGUUCUACCACAACGGAAAGCCCCUGCCAUCGGCGGCCCGCUUCCACAUCACCUUCGACUUUGGCUACGUGUCCCUGGACAUCACCCAUGCCGUCGCCGAGGACGCCGGGGAGUAUUCCGUGCGGGCCGUCAAUGCCAUGGGACAGGCGGUGUCGGCAACCAAUUUGCGGGUGAUUGCCCGCGGCACCAUCAUCUCGGACACGCAGCACCCGGAGGGUCUGGAGAAGAUCCGCAAGCUCGAGUCCGCGGCGCCGCAUCAGCGCCAGGAGGUGGAGACACCCGGCACUCGCCAGCGUCCGGUGUUCACGCAGCCGCUGCAGAACAUCGAUCGGAUCAAUGAGCACCAGACGGCGCACUUUGAGGCGCGCCUGAUCCCCGUGGGGGAUCCCAAUCUGAAGGUCGAAUGGUACCGCAACGAGAAGAUCAUCGAGGACAGCUCUCGCAUCACCAAGCAAGCCGACUUUGGCUUCGUAUCUCUGGACAUUUCGCACAUCCGGAAGGAGGACGAGGGCGUGUACAUGUGCCGUGCCGUCAAUCCGCUCGGGGAGGCCGUCACCACCGCCUCCAUGAGGGUUGUGUCCGAGGCCAGCAUCCUGAUGGACACCCAACACCCGGACAGCAUUAGUCGCAUCCAUCAGCUGGAGAAACCGUUGGCGCCACGUCCCACAGAGCCCGAGCGUCUCUUCGAGAAGCCCAUCUUCACGCAGCUGCUCACGGGACCAUCGGAGGUGUGGGAGGGCGCCCAUGCGCACUUCGAGGCGAGGGUCGUUCCCGUGGGAGAUCCUUCUCUCCGGUUCGAGUGGUUCAUCAACGGCGUGGAGCUGCAAAUGGGCUCCCGCCUGCGCACCACCCACGACUUUGGCUUCGUGACGCUCGACAUUGCCGCAGUGGUGCCGGAGGAUGCCGGUGUUUACAUGUGCCGCGCCUACAAUGCCGCCGGGGAGGCCGUCUCCUCUACGGCCAUGAAGGUCAAGACCAAGUCGAACAUCGACGGACAGCCCUUGAUCCCCGAGUCGUGGGAGGCCAUUCGUCUGAAGGAGGCCGCCAUGAACCGCGUCCCGGAGAUGUUUGUGGACUCCACGCCUCAGCAGGCGCCUGUCUUCACGACACAUCUGCAAUCGUACGACAAGUUGCACGAGGGACAGCAUGUCCUGCUGGAGGCCCAAGUGGAGCCCCGAGCGGAUCCCAAUCUGCGCAUCGAGUGGUUCAAGAACGGCAUCUCCCUGACCACUGGCUCGAGGAUACGCAGUACCUUCGACUUUGGCCUGGUGACGCUCUCCAUCAACGGAUUGAGGGAGGACGACAGUGCCAUCUAUACUUGCAAGGCCACCAACCAGAUCGGGGAGGCCGUGUCCACGUCCUCUCUGAAAAUCGAGGACCGUCACUGGCUGCAGGCGGAUUCCCUGCACCCCGAUGCCCUGCCACGCAUUGGGGCAUUGGAGGCGCCCAAGGCGGAUCGUCCUGCCGCCCCAGAGCCCACGUACGAGACCCCGGUGUUCAUCACGCACCUAAACAACAUCGAGUGCAAGGAGUCGGACAAUGUGCGCUUCGAGUGCAACGUGGAGCCCGCUCGGGAUCCCACCAUGCAGAUCGAGUGGUUCUACAAUGGACAGCCGCUGCAGGCGGCGGCCAAAUUCAAGUCCAUCUACGAUUUUGGCUACUGCGCCUUGGAUCUGAAUAACUCGUAUGCGGAGAACAGUGGCAUCUACACGUGCAAGGCCACCAAUAGCCGGGGAUCGGCCACCACAUCGGGCACGCUCAAGUGCACCGUGGGCAAGACCAUGUUCCUGGACACUCAGCAUCCCCAGGGCGAGAGCGGUCUGGAGGCCGUCCAGGAGACAGAAGAGGCCUUGGCCAAUCGCUAUGCCCAGAAAUCGACCAAGCCCGAGACCCAGUACCCCCCGCCCGUGUGGACAAAGCCUCUGCAGGCAGAGUUCCAUCUGUCGGAGGCGCAGCCCAUCCAUCUGGAGGCCAAUGUGGAGCCCAAGGAGGACCCCAAUCUAUUCAUCGAGUGGUACUUCAACGGCAAGAUGCUGCAGCAUGGCUCCCGGUUCAAGAUGACCAUGGAGUUUGGGUUCGUCACGAUGGACAUGAUCGAGGUGUAUGCCCGCGAUCAGGGCAUCUACACGUGCAAGGCGUACAACAAGGCCGGCGAGGCCUUCACCUCCACGACCAUCUUCUGCUCCACGAAGGAGAGCAUCAUUGAGUCCACGCAGCACCCGAAGGGCGCGGAGGGUCUCGAACAGAUCCAGGACCUGGAGGAUUCACUGCGCAAGGACGGCUCGAAGCCGGAGCAGCCCGAUCUGGGCAUUGCGCCGCGCUUCACCACGGAGUUUGUGAACAUUGCGGACAUUGGGGAAGGAGAACUGGCCCAUUUCGAGGCAAAUCUGAUUCCUGUCGGGGAUCAGAGCAUGAUCAUCGAGUGGUUCUACAAUGGCAAGGUCCUGGAGGCCAGCCACCGCGUGCGCACCAUCUAUGCGUUCGGAACGGUGGCCCUGGAGGUCCUCGGCACCAAGAUCGAGGACACUGGCACCUACACGUGCCGUGCCACCAAUAAACAUGGCACUGCCGAAAUCAGCUGCACGCUGGAGUGCGUGGACAAGCCACGUGGCCAGAAGCCACAUUUCACCUCCCACAUCCAGCCGCUGGAGGGCCUGAAGGACGGCCAGGCGGCGCACUUCGAGUGCACGCUGAUUCCGGUCAACGAUCCGGAGCUGAAGGUCGAAUGGUACCACAACGGCACCCUGUUGCGGCACUCGAAUCGCAUCAAGACCGUCUCCGAUUUCGGCUACGUUGUCCUGGACAUUGCCUACCUGCAGGACCACGAUUCCGGGGAGUAUGUGUGCCGUGCCUGGAACAAAUACGGCGAGGACUUUACCCGCACGACUCUCAACUGCGGCGGACGCGGCGGCGUCUUCUACGACAGCCUGCAGCCUGACUCCUUGCAGCGUAUCCGCGAGCUGGAGUGCCCCCAGGGCCCGCAGGGCGACACCAGUGCCCCCGCGGUGGCAGAGCCACCGAAAUUCAUCACCCAAAUCGCGGAUGUCACCAAAUUGGUCGAGGGACAGAGCGCCCACUUUGAGGCACGUCUCACGCCCAUCACCGAUCCCGAUCUGGUGGUGGAAUGGUACUUCAACGGCAAGAAACUGCCACAUGGCCAUCGGUUCCGCACUUUCCACGACUUUGGCAUCGUUAUCCUGGACAUCCUGUACUGCUACGAGGAGAACUCUGGCGUGUACGAGUGUCGGGCGGUCAACAAAUACGGAGAGGACUCCACGCGAGCCUCCCUCAAGUGCACCUCAAAGGCCAGCCUCAUUUUGGACUCCCAGCUGCCGCGCGGCAUGGAGGGCGGCCUUGAGAAGAUCGCCAAUCUGGAGUACAGCAUGGUCCGCACACGCGACGACACCACCACCGAGGAGACCAAGGGCAAGGCCCCCGUCUUCACGGUGCCCCUCGAGAACAUCGACAACAUGCGGGAGGGCGAGAAUGCGCACUUUGAGGCCAGGAUAACGCCCGCGGACGACCCCAAGCUAAAGGUCGAAUGGUUCUGGAAUGGACGUCCCCUCAAGGCGGGCUCUCGCUUCCGCACUUUCUGCGACUUUGGCUUUGUUAUCCUCGAGAUUUCACCCGUGUAUCCCGAGGACUCUGGGGAGUACUCGUGCCGCGCCAUCAACGAGUAUGGCGAGGCAGUGACCACCUCCACCAUGAAAAUCCAGGGCAAGCGAUCCAUCAUCAUGGAAUCGCAGCUGCCGAAGGGCAUGGAGGGCACGAUCGAUCGCAUCGCAGAGCUCGAGGGCUUGGGCUCGCGCAGCACAGAGUUUGUGCCCGACGACGACACUGGCAAGCCGCCAGAGUUCAUCACGACACCCUUCGACAUGGUCAUCACGGAGAACUCUCUGGCGCACUUUGAGUGCCGUCUGCAGCCGAUCAACGACCCGUCGAUGCGCGUGGACUGGUUCCACAAUGGCAAGGCCUUGUGGGCCGGCUCUCGCAUCAAGACGAUCAAUGACUUUGGCUUCGUGAUCCUCGAGAUUGCGGGCUGCUAUCAGCGGGACACUGGGCUGUACACGUGCAAGGCCACCAACAAGCAUGGCGAGGCCACGGUCUCCUGCAAGCUGCAGGUCAAGGGCCGUCAGGGCAUCGUCAUGGAGCCGCAGCUGCCCUCGAACUUCCGCACUGGCACCGAGAGCCUCCAGAAGCUGGAGGAGAGCAUGCACAAGCGGGAGGAGAUCAUCAUCGAUGAGGAGCAGCCCAAUCCCCCGAAGUUCACCGAGGACAUCAAGGACAACCUGGAUGUCCCCGAGGGCGGUCCCAUUCACUUCGACUGCCGCGUGGAGCCCGUCGGCGAUCCCUCGAUGCGCAUCGAAUGGUUCUACAAUGGCCGCGUGAUGGCCACUGGCUCGAGGGUCCAUCAGUUGAAUGAUUUCGGCUUUAUUGCUCUGGAUGUGGACUACAUCUAUGCCCGCGACUCCGGGGAGUACACGUGUCGUGCCACCAACAAGUGGGGCACUGCCACCACCACUGCCAAGGUCACGUGCAAGGGCAAGCACAACAUUGUCUACGAGUCGCAGCUGCCCGAGGGCAUGACCUCCGAUAAGCUCAAAGAACUCGAGCGCGGACGCAUACCCGAGGCACCCAAGAUCGUCGAACAGGAGUACGGACCACCACAGUUCGUGACACAGAUAACCAACGUCACCGUCGAGGAGGCCGAGGCCGUGCGCUUCGAGUGCCAGGUGGAACCCAAAACGGAUCCCAGCCUGCGCGUCGAAUGGUAUCGCAACGGCAAGCCCCUGCCCUCGGGCCAUCGCUAUAGGAACAUCUUUGACAUGGGCUUCGUCUCUCUGGACAUCCUGUACGUCUAUGGCGAGGAUUCUGGGGAGUACGUGUGCCGUGCCAUCAACAAUCAUGGCGAGGAUCGCACUAGAGCCACAGUCUCCUGCAAAAAACUGCCUACCAUUUUGUUGCAGAACCAAGUGCCCCGCGGCAUGAAACGCUCUGAUGCCCUCACCCAAAUGGAGGCCACCAUCAAGAAGUACACUUCGGAAGUGCAUCUAACAGAAGACGAUCUGUUCGAUCCGGACCGCAAGCAGCCCCCGAGAUUUGUGACCCAAAUCAAGGAACAGCUGACGCUCACGGAGAUGGCCGUCACGAAGUUCGAAUGCCAAUUGGCGCCAGUGGGUGAUCCCAACAUGAAGGUUGAAUGGUUCUUCAAUGGCAAGCCUCUGCUGUACAAGAACCGCUUCCAGCCCAUCUACGAUUUCGGUUAUGUGGCCAUGAACUUUGGCUGGGUCUAUCCCGAGGAUUCGGGAGAGUACGUCUGCCGUGCCACCAAUUUGUAUGGCAAGGACGAGACCCGAGCCUUCAUCAAGGUCUCUGGAAAGCCAGGCAUUGUCUACGAUUCGCAGCUGCCUGCUCAUAUGCAGAGCAUUGAUCGCAUUCGAGAAAUGGAGGCCUCAUGGCAGGUUGUCCCCGAGGAGGCCGAUCCCGAUGCCAAGCCCCGAUCUAAGCCCGUCUUUGUCAGCAAAAUCGAACCCCAGACGGUGGAGGAAGGCGAACCCGCCCGAUUCUGUGUCCGUGUCACUGGACAUCCACGUCCCAGGGUCAUGUGGUUGGUCAAUGGCCACACCGUGGUGCAUGGCUCUCGCUAUAAGCUCACCAACGAUGGCAUGUUCCAUUUGGAUAUCCCGAAGACCCGCCAAUACGACACUGGCAAAGUGGAGGUCAUUGCCCGCAAUUCUGUGGGUGAAUCCAUUACCCAAACCGAACUGAAGGUCGUCUCACGCUCCGAUGACUAUCGCAAUGUCCUAAAGAACUCCCCACGCCCCUGGUAUGAUUACGAGCUAGCCGCCUAUCAGAAGGAACGCCAGGACAACGAACUGGAAAAGGUAUUCGAUGAACGUAAGCAAUAUUUGUCCGAGCAGAGUGCCCACACGCUCAAGGGCGUGGAGCACCUGAAGCCGAAGCAGUACAAGCCCCAGACACCCGACUGGCAGCAGAAUGUCAAGGCCAAGAAGAGCGAGGAGUACUACAACAAGCUGCAGAGCCUCGAGGUGGAGCAGCUCCUCAAGGAAACCAAUCUGAGGAGGGACAAUCAUCAGUAUGCCAUUCCCGGCGAGAAGGUUGUCAGCAGUUCAGCGGCCAAGGGCAUGGCCCACUCGUACGAAGAGAAUCUUCAAGAGCAGACGAGCACCACUCAAGUCAAGCCUGCCCCGCCAAAGGGCACCGCUGAACCCUCGGAAUCGUCGGUGCAUGGCCGCGAGGUGCACAUGAACAAGCAACAGCAAGUGCAGAAGGAGAUUCAAGGUGAUCUGGAGAUCACCCGCAAGAUCACUGCCACCGAGACCACCGAAGUGGAGCACAAGGGCACCAUCCAGGAGCGCGUCGUCAAGGGACCCGUGAAGCCCGCCAAGGCCCCCGUCUUCACCAAGAAGAUCCAGCCCUGCCGCGUAUUUGAGAACGAACAGGCCAAAUUCGAGGUGGAGUUCGACGGGGAGCCCAAUCCGACGGUGAAAUGGUACCGCGAGAGCUUCCCCAUCCAGAACUCGCCCGAUCUGCAGAUCCACACGUUCAGCGGCAAGUCGAUUCUGAUCAUCCGCCAGGUGUUUGUCGAGGAUUCGGCCGUCUUUUCGUGCGUGGCCGAGAAUCGCGGAGGCACCGCCAAGUGCAGUGCCAACCUUGUGGUGGAGGAGCGUCGUCGUGCAGGCAAGGGCGGCAUCCAGCCCCCGAGCUUUGUGAACACCAUUCAGAGCACCACCGUGGCCACCGGACAGCUGGCACGCUUCGAUGCGAAGGUCACCGGCACCAAGCCCAUGGAUGUCUACUGGCUGAAGAACGGCAUGAAGAUCCAUCCGAGCAUCAAAUUCAAGAUGCUCGAGGAGGACAGCAUCCACACCCUGCUGAUCAUCGAACCCUUCGCCGAGGACUCUGGCCGCUACGAGUGUGUGGCCGUCAAUUCCGCUGGAGAGGCGCGCUGCGAUGGCGAUUGCGUCGUCCAGUCGCCCACAAAGCCGGAGAAACCCACAACACCCGGCAGCGAGAAGGCCCCCCACAUUGUGGAGCAGCUGAAGAGCCAGUCCGUCGAGGAGGGCAGCAAGGUGAUCUUCCGCUGCCGCGUGGACGGCAAGCCCACGCCCACGGCCCGCUGGAUGCGAGGCGAGAACUUUGUCAAGCCAUCGCGCUACUUCCAAAUGUCGCGCCAGGGCGAGUACUACCAGUUGAUCAUCUCGGAGGCCUUCCCCGAGGACGAGGGCACCUACAAGUGUGUGGCCGAGAACAAGCUGGGCAGCAUCCAGACCAGCGCCCAGCUGAAGGUGCGUCCCAUCGAGAAUUUGGACGCCCCACCCACCAUCACGGCCCUGAAGGAUGUCUCCGUCACGGAGGGCAUGCCCGCCCAGUUCAAGACGACGGUGACGGGCAAGGUGAAGGCCACCAGUGUUCAGUGGUUCCGCGAGGGACAGCUGAUCCCUGAGACCCCAGAUUUCCAGAUGAUCUUUGAUGGCAACAGCGCUGUGCUUUUGAUUGGAACCACCUACGAGGAGGAUUCGGGCAUCUUUACAGUACGUGUGACCUCGUCCACCGGCCAGGUCGAGUCCUCAGCCAAACUGACUGUUAAAAAACGACGAAUCUCGGCCUUUCAAUUGCGCACAAUUGAUUCCGCCGAAGAUGAGUCCUCAUCCUCCGGCCGGGAGGAUGCACCCGACUCGCCCCUGCAGCCAGGACAACAGCAGCAGCCGGGAGGCCAGCAACAGCAGCAGUUUGGCCAGUAUCUCGGGGUCAAUGGGCAUGAGGGAAGGUCGCGCACAAAGAAGCCGAAGGUGAGGAGCAAGUCCCUGCAGCCUGCCACAAAAGUGAUACCCUGGCGCAAGUCCUCGCGUCCGAAUCGUGGACGUUCGCUGGACAAGGGCGUUUUCCUGCCCGGUUUCAAGCCGGAGCCUGUCAAGUCCUGGACUGAGGAGACCAUCAGCCUGAAGGCCACACCCAUUGAAAAGAAGAAGCCCACUCCGAAGCUGGAGGCGGCCACAGUGGUCCUCAAGUCGAUCAAAACAGAGCGGGAUCAGGGCAUCAUGAGCCUGGGCGCCACUCUGGAGCAGAUCAUUGCCGGCAAGACAGAAAAGGAGGCGGUGCCCUGGAUCACGAUGCGCGAGAAGCUCAAGCAAGUGGAGAGCGUGUCGGAGCAGCUGAACAAGUUCGACAUCGACGAGGUCUAUCUGCGUCCCCUCGAAGGAGCCAUCGAGACAGAGGAGCCACUGCCGCAACAGGCGCAGGUGGCACAGGAGCAGCGCACCAAGGAGAUCCAGCGGCUGAAGAGCAUGGAGAGCGUGGAGAUUAUGGAGAUGACGGAUCAGAUCGAUAAGCUGAUCACCCAGCAGCAGAACAACAAGGACCUCAUACCCUGGAAGGAGAUGCGGCAGCAGCUGAAGAGCGUGCAGCGUGUGACCAAGCAGAUCGACAAGUUCAAGAUCGAGGAAGUGGAACUGAAGCACUUGCAGGCACAGCAGGCCAUCGCUGAGGAGGUUCUCCUCACCAUCGAUGAGAGCUCCAAGGGCUCCAUCUCGAAGAUGGUCCAGCGCGAGGACCUCCAGCGGUACGAGGAGGACCAGUCGGGCAUCUACAAGCAGCAGUUCAUCACCACCGAAGACGUCAACAUCAUGCACGUCUCCGAGCGGGAGAAGCUGGAGGCCCAGCGUCUGAUUCGCGAGCAGCAGGCCGUCAACUGGCGGCAGCAGCAACAGCAGCGGCCCCAGCUGCAGCCCCUCACCUCCGUGGAGGACACCAUUUCGCAGGCAAGCGACCGCCAGAGAUUGGUCCAGCAGCAGAGCCUCAUCGAGGAGGCCCAGCGACAGCAGUUCGUGCAGAUCGAGGACUCGCAGAUGAUGAGCCUCGAGCAGUACGAGCACCAGAAGAUCGUCAAUCAGCGAACACAGCAGGAGGCCUUCGACUGGCGCCAGCCACGGGAACCCCAGAAGUUCAUUCAAGUGGAGGACUCCUCGCUCAUGCAUUUGCAGGAGCGUCAGGAUACCCAGGAGCAGCAGUUGCUGCAACAGCAGCCCGUCCUGUGGGACCGUGGCAAGAAGAAGCCGGAACAGGCCCAGCCCCAGCCCCAGGCACCCAUCCAGGAACAGCAGCAGCAGCUGGUGGAGAAGCCAAAGACCUACGAGGAAAUGCACGACGUGUUGCAGGAACUUCUGCCAGUGGCACAGCCACAGCAGCAGCCCGUUCUGUGGGAGCGUGGCAAGAAGCAAAAGCCUGCCGCCCAGACCUACGAGGAGCUGCAUGACGUGCUGCAGGAGCCCCUGCCCGUGCAACAGCAACAGCCCGAGCCGGUGCCAGUCCUAUGGGAACGCGGCAAGAAGAAGGUCCUACAGGAACAGGUGACCACCACUCAGGAGGUGCUGCAACAGACCUCUCAAGUGAUCGAGCAGCAGACCUCUCAAGUGGUCGAGCAGCAGACCACCCAGGUCCUGCAGCAGCAACAGAUCGUGGAGGAGACCAAAAAGACAGCCGUCCGCCGCGUGAUUCCCCCACGGGAACCCGAGCAGAAGGUGGAGCAGGUACAGCUGAAGCCAACGCCCAGACCCCGCCCCAAGCAAGCGGAGAAGGCGGAGGACUUCCAGUUGAAGCCCCUGAAGACCACCAGACCCGUGCAGCAGUUGGUGGAGCAGCAGCCGGCCCAAAGGGGCUACGAAGAGGCCACGGAUGAGCUGCCCGAAGAAGAGCCUGUGCCCCAAGUGGAGGCACAGCCCCAGCCUGUGCUGUGGGAACGCGGCAAGAAGCAGAAGCCUCAACAGACAGCGGAGCAGGAGGCACCCAAAACUCUAGAGGUGGCAGUCGACACUCUAGAGGAGGAAAAGGUCGUCCCCGUAGAGCCGCAACCGCAGCCUGUGCUGUGGGAGCGUGGCAAGAAAAAGCCAGCCACAAAGGCGGAAGUUGUCGAGGAAGCAGCUCCCAAAACGCUCGAAGUGGCAGUGGAUACCCUGGAGGAGGAGGAGCAAAAGGUUCAGCCUCAACCCCAGCCCCAACUGUGGGAGCGCGGCAAGAAAAAGAAGCCCCAGCCCAAGCCCCAAGAAGUUGUCGAGGAAAAGCUGGAAGAACCACCAGUCCAGACCUACGAAGAGGCUGUCGAUGUCCUGCCCGAAGAACCCAUCGUGGAGGAGACGCCGCAGCCUGUUUUGUGGCAGCGUGGCAAGAAGAAGCCCAAGGCUGCACCACAGCCAGAACCAGAAGAGCCCGUGGAAGAAGUGCAGCACCCCGAUGAGGUCGAUGCACAAAUCGAGAAGGUCCUUGUGGAAGAGGAGGUGGAAGUGGUCCAGGAAAGCCGCAAGAUCAGGAAGAUCAAGAAGCCCAAGGCCACGGAAGAAGUUCAGGAAGAGAUUGUGGAGGAAAUUCCAGAGGAAGAAGUCCCAGAAGAGGUUGUCGAGAUCCUGGAAGAACAGGAGGACAUCGUAGAAGAAAAGAAAAAGGUCAAAAAGAUCAAGAAACCAAAGAAAAUUGUUGAAAAGACUGAAGAGGAGGUUCCUGAAGAGGAGGUUCCCGAAGAAGAGACUGUCGCAGAACUCGAAGAGAUCGUGGAAGAGCCUGAAGAGGUCGUGGAAGAACAGGAAGAGAUCUUGGAGGUCCAAGAAGAAGUUGUCGAAGAAAAACGUAAGGUGAAAAAGGUCAAGAAACCGAAAAAGACUGUAGAAACGAUCGAAAUCACAGAAGAACAGCCCGAAGAAGAGGCGCCUGAGGAAGAAGAAGUCGUUGAAGAACCAGCAGAGAUCGUGGAAGAAAAGAAAAAGGUGAAAAAGGUCAAGAAACCCAAGAGUAAGGUAACCGUAGAACAAGAAGCCGAAGAAGAACAACCCGCAGAAGAGAUUGAAGAACCAGAAGUGGAAGAACCCAUCGCUGAAGAACCUCUUCCCGUAGAAGAACCCAAAAAAGUGAAACCAAAGCCCCAACAGGUGGUAGAACAGGUAGAAAAGGUGGAGCUGAAGCGGACGCCCCGGAAGCAACAGCCUCUUCCCGAAAAGGAGCAGGUGGAGGAGGUGUCCUUGAAGCCAUUGAAAAAGACUGCUGUUGUCUCGCAAGAGACACCACAACCAGAAGAGAUCGAAACGGAGAAGAUCAUCACCACCGAGGAGCAAAUUGUGGAUGUAACCAAGAAGCGGGUGAAGAAAAAGAAGCCCAAGCCAAAGACAGCCACAGAAGAGGUAACAGAAGAGCCGGAAGAGGAACCUCUGGAGGAGCUCGAGGAAGAGGAGCUGCAGCCCCAGGAAGAGGAGCAACAGCCAGAGGAAGAGGUGCAGCAGCCCAUCCAAGAAGAGGAGCAACCUGUACAACCAAAGGCAGCACCAAAACCGAAGCCACAGAAGCAGGAAAUCAUCGAAAAGGUGGAAGAAGUGGCUCUCAAGCGUGUUUCGCGACCAAAGAAAACGCUGCCGGAGGAGGCCACCAUCGAGGAGGUGCGUCUCAAGCCCACCACCAGGAAGUCCAUCAAGCCCGAAGAAGUGAAACUCGAAGAAGUGGACCUGCAGCACGUGGAAAAGGUCGAAGAAGAGCUCAUCCAAGAGGAGAAGCGCAAGACCAAAAGGGUCAAGAAGCCCAAGCACGAGGAUCUGCCGGAUAUUCCCGAUGCAGAGCCCACCCAGCUGGAGGAAGCGGAGCACUUGGACCUCGAGAAGGAGCCCAAGAUCGAGGAGGAGCAGCCCCAAGUGCCAUGGAAGCGAGGCGAAAAGAAGAAGCCCGUGGAGGAGGUGCUCGAGGAGAAGCAAUGGCCCAAGGGCAAGCGGCAUCUGCUUCCCGCCGAGCAACCCGAGGAAGUGCAGCUCAAGCCCAUUCCCGCGAAGCCAGCGGAGGCGCCACAGCAGCCCGAAAAGGCCAUUCCCGGGCCCCAGCUGGUGCCCCAAGAGAGGCCCGAAAGCGAAGAGGAGGAACUGGAACUGGAACCCCUCAAAGUGCCCGAGGACUCUGCCCCCAAGGUCAAGAAGGAAAAGAAAAAGAAGCCCAAGCUAAAGAAGGCCACGCCCUCGGUGGAUGAGGUCUCCGAGGAGAUGGCCGAGCCAUUUGCCGAGCCCAUUGCCGAGGAAGAUGAGGUCGACGAGGUCCUCCCCGUCGACGAUGACAAAGUGGUGGCCGUCUCUGAGGAUGUCCUGCCCGAGGAGGAGGUCAUUCCCUCAGAGGAGAGCCCCGCCGAGGCGAAGCAAAAGGCUCAAAAGAAGCGCACCAAGCGCCUGAAACAGGCCUCCGUCGAGGGACAGCCGCAACUCCUCGAAGCAGCCAUUGCGGAAAUCGAAAAGGUGGACGAAGUGUUCCAAGAGAUCUCACAAAAAACCAUCACCUUGCUGAAAAAGACUGAAGAUACGCGACCGCAGUUCAUCACCACGGAACAGCUGAUCGAACUGGAUGUGGAGGACGUCCGUCGCGAUCUCGAGAUGAAGGUCACCUCGAACAUCAUCAAGAAGGAGAAGCGUAGGGUCGUUCUGGACGACAGUCAACCGCUGCCGGAGCUGGAGCUCAUCACACAGAAGCGCAUCCAAGAGGGCAUCGAUCGUGUGGCCGAUGAAGAGCUCAUCGAGGAUCAGCAGCUCACACAGAACCAGCAGGAGACCACCACUUCGGAGGUGAUCGGACAGGAGAGGAAGCUCGUGAAGAAAAAGAAGAAGGAGAUCAAGCCGCCGCGCAUCACAGAGAAGCUGCGACCUCGCCAGUGCGUCCCCGAAGAGCCCACAGUGCUGGAGUGCAAGGUGGAGGGAGUGCCCUUCCCCGAAAUCAAUUGGUACUUCAAUGACAUACUGCUCUUUGCCUCGGAGAAGUACGAGAUCACGGUGGUGGAGCAGGUGGCGCAGCUGAAGAUCGCCAAGGUCACGCCCAGCGAUGUGGGCGUCUACACGUGUGAGGCCAAGAAUGAGGCAGGAGUGGCCACAAGUCGUACAAACAUUAUUCUGGAAAAAGAACAAGGCGUCGCGCCACAGUUUACGAAACCCCUAAAGAUCGAGUUCACCGAAGAGAAACAGCCCGAGAGGCUGAAGGUCACGGUGACCUGUCAGGUGGCCGGAAAGCCCCAUCCACAGGUCAAAUGGUAUCGCGGCAUCGAGGAGGUUCUGCCCAGCGAAACCGUCCAAAUGUUCCACGACGAGCAGACGGGCGAUGUGGCCCUGGAGGUGUUUAACCCGCCGCCGAAUGAGGCCAUCACGUACUCGGUGCAGGCACAAAACCAGUUUGGACGUGCCAUUGGCAAUGCCAACAUCAUGAGUCGCCUGGAUGAGGCGCAGCAGGAGCCCAAGGAGAUCCUAAAGCCCCCCACAGUCACUCCACUGAACGCCGUUGUGGUACCCACGGGAGGCACCCUUCGCUUCGAGGUCCAAUACGAUGGCCUGCCCCGACCGGAAAUCAAGUGGAUGCGCAAUGGCCGGGAGAUCGUGGAGAACGAGGAGAUCAUUGUGGAGACCACGGAGACGACCACCGUCAUCAGGGUGAUCAAUAUGACGCGCAAGCGAACGGGCAAAUACGAAGUUUGGGCCAAGAACAAGGUCGGCGAGGCCAAGUCGUCGGGUUCGGUGGUUGUGUCCGACUCGAAACCCGAUCAGCAGAUCCAACCGCCACGUUUCGUGCAGCCCCUGGAGCCCAAGUUCUUUGGGGAGCAUGAGGUGGCCAUUCUGGAGGCUGUCGUGGAGUCGGAGCCGCUGUCCUCCUUCCAGUGGUUCGUCCACAACGAGCCCAUCAAGAGCUCCAACGAGUGCCGCAUCGUUAGCCAGGCCAACAAGUCCACUCUGUUGAUUGAGGACUUCCAGCGGAAGUUCAUUGGACCCUUUACCUGUCGGGCGGAGAAUGUGGGUGGCUCGGUGACGUCCACGGCGACUGUCAAUCUUCUGGAGGCCCUGCCCCAGGAGGAGGCAGUGGAAUUUGAAUCGCCACGCUUUACCGAGGAGCUCGCGCAGCCCGUCGAGGUGAUGGACGGUGAGGCGUUGCUGCUGCAGUGCCGGGUGCGGGGCAAGCCCACACCCAAGGUGGAAUGGUAUCACAACGAGGAGAAGAUUGCCGAGACAAAGGAAACUACGAUAUCGCAGGACUUGCAAGGCAAUUGCCAGCUGCAGAUUACCGAAGUGUUCCCCGAGAACGAGGGCCAAUACAAGGCCGUGGCCAGCAAUAAGAUUGGCAAGACAGUGACCAAGACAAACGUUAAAAUUCAAGCAUUUGAAUAUAUCCCCGAUUCUGAAAUCACUGGACUCACAGGAUCUGAGGAGGAUCUACUUGAUAGAACCCUCUCAAUCGACGAACAAGCACCGAAAAUCAUUAAAAAACUACCUGAGAAAAUCGAACCCAAAGAGGGCGAACAGCCAAAGCUGGAGGUGAAGGUCAUUGGACGACCCAAGCCCAAGGUCAAAUGGCUGCGCGACGAUGAGCAGAUCUUUGCCUCCGAGGAAUAUCAAAUUGAGAAUUUCGACGAUGGCACAUCGGUGCUGGUGAUCAAUAAUGUGUAUCCCGAUGAUUGGGGCACCAUUAGUUUUGAGGCGUACAAUCCAUUGGGCGUGGCAGUGACAACGGCUCUGUUUUCCGUCGAAGGCAUCGUUGGAUCCAAGGAUUAUCGCAAACCGGAAUGGGUCACACAGAUGGAGGAAAUGCAGGUGGCACUCAAAGAAACAGCAACCACAAAAGUGGAUAAACAAUUCAUACAGCAACAAGAAAAGAUACAAGUACUACAACAACAAGAACAGAUACUCGUACAACAAGAACAAGUGCACAUACAGGCAGAAGCAGAGGCAGAGGCAGAAGCAACAGCAGAAGAGGUUGUUGUCCAACAGCAAAUUGUGAAAAGGAAAACGCAGAAAAAGCACAAGAAACAAACAGAACAAAUACAGAUACAGGAAGAGGUACAGCAACAGAUACAGAUACAAGAAGAGGUACAGCAGCAGAUACAGUUACAGAAACAUGAAGAAACCACACCCAUCGAAGAGGAGGAAACCCUCGAGAAAGUGCAAGAGCUUCCAUUGCCAUACGAAACACUAUCCAUGCAAAAUCUACCCAGAGACACGGUCGAAACAAUUGCCAGUGCAGAGGCCACAGAGCUUUCGACACCGAAACCGCAACCAGCUAAAGUACAGGACGAUAUACUGCCCCAGAAGGUGUUGGCCAUCAGUGAGGAGUGUGUGGCACUCGAAAAAGUUGGGGCCCAGGACUUCAAAAAGCCACAAGAAACUCGUUUGGGUGAACAAAUCGAAGUGCGGCAUCAACACGCUGUGGAUGUCACCGAAACAGAGGCACGAGAGGCCUCGCCCAAAGAGCAGAAGCCCUCGAAGAUCCCCAAGAGCGUAAAGGCCCAGCGCAAGGUCAAGGAAUCGCGUCCUUUGCUGGUGGAAUCGCCAAGCAUAGAGGAGCCCAUAGAUGAUCUCCAGCCACUGAAAACUGUAGGCCAGCAGGCGCAUGGCGACAUUCUGUUGUCCCAUGAGCUCACAGAGGAGCAUCCUCAAAUAUUGGAGGGCAUUGAACAGCUCAAGGAGAGUAGGUCCAUGAAGGAGGAGACUAUAGAAUCGCAUUUCCUGGAUCAGGAAAGCCUUCUAAUCACCGAAGAAACGAUAGGGGAAACUUUGGGAAAUGAUGUAGUUCAGAUAAAGCCAACAACUGAGAAGAUUUAUCCAGAAUUAGCUUCAAAUCUAAGUCUUGCCAUAAGCGAAUGCCAACCAGAGGAUUCUGUGGGAGAACUGAAACCUGCAUCGGAGAUUCGCCAGGAGACAUCAUCGAGGAGUAUUCUAGAGCACAAGUCCGUGAGUACCAGGGCCUCGCAGGUCCUAGAAAGUGUAGACAGCAUACCCCUGGAAGCCCAGCCCACAAAGGGUAUUGCCGAUGUCAGUCUUAAGCCAGAAGAAGUUCCCCUCGUCACUCAAGAAACAGAAACCUUUGAGUCCGUCCAAGAAAGCGAAACCAAGCCACGAGUGGCAGACACAAAGGCCUUGCAACACUUGGUAUUAACCGAAGGAUUGAUCAACAUCACAGCAGAUGCCCAUAGUCCAUUGGAAGAGCAAAUCCCAGACUUCACGACUGAUGAAAAGAGAGCCAUCAUGGAGUUGGAAACCCUGCGCCAUGUUGUUACCCAAGAAACCGUCUCCAAUGAGGAGGCAGCAAGUGAUUUGGGCUUGCAGGAGACCCCAAAGGUCGUUGAGGGUACCCUAGGACAAUCGAGUGCCUUGACAAUUGGCGAAACUCUAGAGACAAAUCUCGUGGAGAUGGCCCAAGAUCUGAUAGAAGCCCCUGUGAAGACCACAAAACCCGCAAAGGAAACGCUAACCAAGGCAUAUGGCGCUGCGGAAAGCAAUCAGGAGGCUCUGUACGACACCUUGGGCUCUGUUCCAGAUGUUGAACACCCCAAGGGACAGGGAAAGAUCAACAUCUCUGAUGGCGAGCUAGUGGCAGAGGUACAGGCAGCUCCAACUGUGAUUCACACCGAAGAGGAACUCCUUUCCGUAGUGCCAGAGUUUGUGGAUGCCACAAUGAAUAUAGUAGAGCAAACAGCGCUCGAGAUCAAGCAGGAUACGGUGGCUGAAAAGGAGAAAGCAUUCCCCCAGGAUGCGCCCCAAACAGAACAGUCCGCUGUAGAAAAGAUAAUCCCUGUGGAUCUCAGAGUAACAACAGUCUUUGAGGUUAAUGUGGGACAAACUUCUGGGGAUCUUGCACCAGCAGAUACACGUUCCGUGUCGGCAUUUCAAGUUCUAGAUACAAUGCCCAUUGGAGUGGCACUUAAGCCCGAUCUUAUGGAAGGAACUAGCUAUCUGGAGGCCAUGCCCCAGCCAGAACUCAAGAGUGGAACCGUCUUAAUGGAUGAAACCCAACACCCGUUGGAGGUAACGAGCGUACAGAUCAGCGAAAUGAGCACCGAACUUGCAGAUACCCUGCCAAAAGAACAGCAAACGAGGGCCCAUCCCACCACAGAGGACUUCAGGCAUGCAGAGGGAAUGGAGAUAGUACCCAUGGAGUCCAUGGGGCAGCAACCACAUGAAGGAAAACCCACGGCCGCCCGGGCAGAUUUCAGCAUGCAGCAGCAAUAUGGUACCAAUAUUAUGGAAAAUUCGUCUUUGGAAAGCCUACAGCCGCGACCAAAGGAUGUCCAGCCACAAGAACAGCAAACCGAGUCCCACUUUGAUUUGUUGCCACAAUUGGAGACCAGUUCGUGCGUGACUUUGGAGCAGGAAACCGACAUCCCCCUAGAAGAGCCACAUCCAGUCCAAUCGGCAGCCGUUGGUGCAGCCAGGGCGCUGCAGGUGGCAAAUACCGAGAGAUCGCAGCAUAUGGAAUCGUUGGAAGGCAUCGAAGAUCAGCAGAGACUGCCGCAACAGCAGGCACAUUUGAACAUAGGAGAAAUCACAUUGCCCAAGGUGGAGCAAAUCACCCUUCUCGAAGGACUGCAGGACUAUGCCACUCCGGACUAUCAGAGAUCAUCCGUGACGAAUGUAGAAAUCAUGGAAACAACUUCAGCUUUAAAGACCACCACAGCAAUAGUGAGUGAAAGGACACAGGAGUUGAGGGACAAAGAAAUACCACUGGAGGUUCAGAUUCAACCAAAACUCAACGAAUUCUCACAGAAAAUCCCACUCUCGGAGAAGGUCGAUAUUUUGGAUCAAGUUACGGAGUUGAGCAGCCUCCUGCCACAUGCGGCCACGGGGCAAUCCGUCAUCACUAGCUGCCAGGAGAUAAAUGUGCGUGAAACAGAAGUUCUGGAGAAAGAGGAGCUGCUGGAAGGCGUGCCCCAGCCAAGCGAACAGCUCGUGAAGAUUGCCCUGGACUCCACCACUGGAUUGGCCUUGGCUCGACAGGAGAACACCUUUGAGCAUGAGGAAGAUCUGAGAGUAGUCGCCCCAGAGGCAGAGCAGGCAAGACCCGUAUCGGCAGACCUUCUGACGGCAGCCCUUACCGAGGGAGUCCUGGACAGCCAGAGCACUGGAAAGCUAGAGGACUUCAGUGUCUCGGAUAAAUAUGCCUCACCCAGAAUGGAUGUUUUCAAUGAAACAAAAUCUACAGAGACCACCGUAUAUGACACUGUGUCCAGAUCUGUGGACUCCAUAAAGCCAGAAACCUUAAGCCCCCAACAGUCGAUGGUUCCACAUAAGCAUACGAUGGUCACCGAGUGCCUGGUCGUUGAUGGAACGCAACCUUUCGAAGAAAAGCCAACAGAUCAACGAACAGCCUUCAAAGUUCAGGACAAUCUAAGCCACUCCAUCAUCCUUGAGGAUCAGAGGGUGCUGGAAUCGGAGAAGGUGCUGGGCGAGGAAAGUACACCCAAACAGAAGGCAAAACUAACGGAGGAUGACACCAAUAUGCAUGCAAAAAUGGUAGAUACCACAGCGGUAUAUGAAUCCAUCGGAGAGGAUCGUCCAACUGAUAAAUGUAGCGUGCAGCAGGCACAGGUCACCCACGAAUUGGCACACACUCAUGCCACAGAGCUGCAACAAACUGUGGAGGCAGAGAAAAUACUUUCAACGCCUGAACAAACCUAUGCUGUGGCCACAGCAGAUGGGAUAUCCUCACUGCUUGGAUUACCGAUCACCACAAGGACGCAGACUGUGGAGGAUGUCGACGAAUUGCUCACUCUCCCAACAGACGAGCGGGUGGCACAGUCCACCUAUGAAGGCAGGAAGCACGAGGUAACAGUCAGCGAGGUCCAGGGUAUCGAGAAGUCGGAGAAUCUACCCAUAACUGCAGAUAUAGCCCCCGUAAGUGCUGCUGAGUCCAUGGACGUUAUGUUCAAGGCAACAUCGGUGGACACACAACCGGGUGUCUUCCAAAAGGAGUCUGCAAUCGAAGCUCUCAAGCCCCAAGAGGCCACAGCAAAACCUGUGGUAGAUCUCCUCCAAGGCCUCACAACAUCGGAUGUGUUUCCUCUGGAAUCCUCCGAAAGUAUUUCGGAUACUCAGACCACAGAGCCACAAGAGGCACAGAGGCAUCUAGUUACUGGAGAGGACUCUAGGAAGGUCCAGGUCCGAUUCGAUGACUUAAUUAUGGAUAAGGAAGAGACCCUGCAGGUUAUCAUUCAAGAAUCGUAUGGCAAGCCCUUCAUUGAAGGCACACAAAGGGAAACACUCAUCACUCAAGUGAUUCCCAUGGAAAAUGUGAAUCAAAUUGAGACGCCACAAGGUCCUGUAACAUUCCAAGUGAGUCCCACGUCCAGCGAGAGGAUCACUCAAUCGCACAUGGUGGAAACUCAAUUACCUCUCGAACUGACGAGUGAAGCCAUCAUUGAAUAUGAGAGCCCUGCUCAAGCAAAGGUCAAAUCGGAUGAAACAAAUGUCCAUACCACCAUAUCAGAGAUCAAUACGUAUGAGAUCACAAAAGAUAUCAAGGACAUAUCGGAACAAGACGGUCAGUACCUAAAGAUCGUAGAGGAUUCCGAAAUCAAUCGUGCCCAUGUGACAACUAUACAAUCAACGCUUCUCAAGGAAGAAAAUCUCCCGCUCAAACCCAUUCGCGAUGGGGACACCGCGCGCGUGUCCAACGUUGAACUGAAGAAGUCUCUGGUAACCGAAGAGGUUCUGGGCAUCAGCUCCAUCCAGGAAUCGUAUGACCUGCAAAAGCCAGACGAGCGUAACGCUCAACUCACUCGCCAGGCACCACAUGAGACCGCCAGUGUGGCCGAGCAACAGACCUACGAGCAGUCGCCAGAGAUGGUCGUAGAGCAGGGCGACCGUAUUCGCACAAAGACUAGUUCUGUAGAAACGCUCCUUAAGCCCGUCGAAAGCUCAACCGUAAAUGUCUACGAGAACAUCGAGGGCCAUGGAGAGUUCAAGCCAAUUAGUGCAGUCCCGUCAACGGAUACCACUGUCAUUUCUGAGUUGAAGGUUUCGGUGGUGGAAGAGGUGUCUGUGAUGCCAUCCUUGGGUCGUGUUCCGACUGAGAAGCCCCUGGAGGGCAAAGCAACACCAGAAACUGUGCCACACAAAAACAUUGUUCAAAGCGAGCAGCUUCCCUGUGAAGUGGUAAGCACUUUGCUGGAAGAAGGAACGCCAUCCAGAGAACAGGCAAAGCUGGCACCAGCCGAUACAAGAGUGGCAGCCGUGACCAGUGUGUUGCAUGAGAAGGGAACCAUUCGCGAGAGGAUCUCAAGCCCUCAAGUAGAUGAAAAGCAAGCGCUUCCUUCGAUAACCACACAGAGUACGUAUCUGAAUGAGCUAACAAUCGCACAAGAGAAUGUCAAUCGGUUAGAUAGUGAGGAACAACACAUGCAGCCACAGAACGCAAGUAUACGUAUCAAAGAAAACACCACAUCCAUAGCCACAACAGAACAACCAGACAUAUUCAAUACAGCCACAACAACGAGUCCAAACGUCACACUCACUGGGGAGAAGAUACACCCAACACUGGUUGAGGAUACCCUGAAGAAUGCUUUACAAACAACACAAUUUGUGUCGGACGAUACCUCUGACCUCCUCCUCCCGAAAUCAAUGCCUGAAACUGCACUCCCUGAAAGGGUAACACAUGCUGUAGCACUUGCCACAAUAAACGAGUCACAAGCCACAAUUUACACAUCGAAAGAUGAAGACCACACACAGAAACUGUUAGCGGAGAGUAUUACACAAGAGAUUUUUAAAGUUAAAACGGUAACACCACCUGUGGAUACAAAACAAACCACAGACACACCACACACCACACCACAAAAAACACCCAAACACAAACAAGAAACUAAUGAAAUCGCAAUCACGGAAACCCCCGAAACUCUGCAAGUCAUCGAGGAAAUUGCGGAAGACGGAAAAGUCAAGAAGAAGAAGAUCCGCACUCGGGUAAUCAAGAAGGUCAAGGGCGACAAGCAAGAAGUCACCAAGAUCGAAACCGUCGAGGAGGAUGACAAGGUACCCGAGACUACAGUCACCGUUGAAGAGGUUCCUUACGAAGAAGAGAAGCCCGAGGAUAUUCAGGAGCUUCCAGAGGAGGUUCGUGUGGUGGAAACCAUUUCCGAAGACGGCAAGCCCAAGAAGAAGAAGAUCCGCACUCGGGUAAUCAAGAAGGUCAAGGGCGACAAGCAAGAAGUCACCAAGAUCGAAACCGUCGAGGAGGAUGACAAGGUACCCGAGACUACAGUCACCGUCGAAGAGGUCCCCUACGAAGAAGAGAAGCCCGAGGAGAUCCAGGAGCUUCCAGAGGAGGUUCGCGUUGUCGAAACUAUUUCCGAAGACGGCAAGCCCAAGAAGAAGAAGAUCCGCACUCGGGUAAUCAAGAAGGUCAAGGGCGACAAGCAAGAAGUCACCAAGAUCGAAACCGUCGAGGAGGAUGACAAGGUACCCGAGACUACAGUCACCGUCGAAGAGGUCCCCUACGAAGAAGAGAAGCCCGAGGAGAUCCAGGAGCUUCCAGAGGAGGUUCGUGUGGUGGAAACCAUUUCCGAAGACGGCAAGCCCAAGAAGAAGAAGAUCCGCACUCGGGUAAUCAAGAAGGUCAAGGGCGACAAGCAAGAAGUCACCAAGAUCGAAACCGUCGAGGAGGAUGACAAGGUACCCGAGACUACAGUCACCGUCGAAGAGGUCCCCUACGAAGAAGAGAAGCCCGAGGAGAUCCAGGAGCUUCCAGAGGAGGUUCGUGUGGUGGAAACCAUUUCCGAAGACGGCAAGCCCAAGAAGAAGAAGAUCCGCACUCGGGUAAUCAAGAAGGUCAAGGGCGACAAGCAAGAAGUCACCAAGAUCGAAACCGUCGAGGAGGAUGACAAGGUACCCGAGACUACAGUCACCGUUGAAGAGGUCCCCUACGAAGAAGAGAAGCCCGAGGAGAUCCAGGAGCUUCCAGAGGAGGUUCGUGUGGUGGAAACCAUUUCCGAAGACGGCAAGCCCAAGAAGAAGAAGAUCCGCACUCGGGUAAUCAAGAAGGUCAAGGGCGACAAGCAAGAAGUCACCAAGAUCGAAACCGUCGAGGAGGAUGACAAGGUACCCGAGACUACAGUCACCGUUGAAGAGGUUCCUUACGAAGAAGAGAAGCCCGAGGAGAUUCAGGAGCUUCCAGAGGAGGUUCGCGUUGUAGAAUCUAUCUCUGAAGAUGGCAAGCCCAAGAAGAAGAAGAUCCGCACUCGCGUAAUCAAGAAGGUCAAGGGCGACAAACAAGAAGUCACCAAGAUCGAAACCGUCGAGGAGGAUGACAAGCCUUCUGAGACUACAGUCACCGUUGAAGAAGUCUCCUACGAAGAAGAGAAGCCCGAGGAGAUCCAUGAGCUUCCAGAGGAGGUUCGCGUUGUAGAAUCUAUCUCUGAAGAUGGCAAACCCAAGAAGAAGAAGAUCCGCACUCGCGUAAUCAAGAAGGUCAAGGGCGACAAGCAAGAAGUCACCAAGAUCGAAACCGUCGAGGAGGAUGACAAGCCUUCUGAGACUACAGUCACCGUCGAAGAGGUCCCCUACGAAGAAGAGAAGCCCGAGGAGAUCCAGGAGCUUCCAGAGGAGGUUCGUGUGGUGCAAACCAUUUCCGAAGACGGCAAGCCCAAGAAGAAGAAGAUCCGCACUCGGGUAAUCAAGAAGGUCAAGGGCGACAAGCAAGAAGUCACCAAGAUCGAAACCGUCGAGGAGGAUGACAAGGUACCCGAGACUACAGUCACCGUCGAAGAGGUCCCCUACGAAGAAGAGAAGCCCGAGGAGAUCCAGGAGCUUCCAGAGGAGGUUCGUGUGGUGGAAACCAUUUCCGAAGACGGCAAGCCCAAGAAGAAGAAGAUCCGCACUCGGGUAAUCAAGAAGGUCAAGGGCGACAAGCAAGAAGUCACCAAGAUCGAAACCGUCGAGGAGGAUGACAAGGUACCCGAGACUACAGUCACCGUUGAAGAGGUUCCUUACGAAGAAGAGAAGCCCGAGGAGAUUCAGGAGCUUCCAGAGGAGGUUCGCGUUGUAGAAUCUAUCUCUGAAGAUGGCAAGCCCAAGAAGAAGAAGAUCCGCACUCGCGUAAUCAAGAAGGUCAAGGGCGACAAACAAGAAGUCACCAAGAUCGAAACCGUCGAGGAGGAUGACAAGCCUUCUGAGACUACAGUCACCGUCGAAGAGGUCCCCUACGAAGAAGAGAAGCCCGAGGAGAUCCAGGAGCUUCCAGAGGAGGUUCGCGUUGUCGAAACUAUUUCAGCAGACGGCAAGCCCAAGAAGAAGAAGAUCCGCACUCGGGUAAUCAAGAAGGUCAAGGGCGACAAGCAAGAAGUCACCAAGAUCGAAACCGUCGAGGAGGAUGACAAGCCUUCUGAGACUACAGUCACCGUUGAAGAGGUUCCUUACGAAGAAGAGAAGCCCGAGGAGAUUCAGGAGCUUCCAGAGGAGGUUCGCGUUGUAGAAUCUAUCUCUGCAGAUGGCAAGCCCAAGAAGAAGAAGAUCCGCACUCGCGUAAUCAAGAAGGUCAAGGGCGACAAGCAAGAAGUCACCAAGAUCGAAACCGUCGAGGAGGAUGACAAGCCUUCGGAGACUACAGUCACCGUCGAAGAGGUCCCCUACGAAGAAGAGAAGCCCGAGGAGAUCCAGGAGCUUCCAGAGGAGGUUCGCGUUGUCGAAACUAUUUCCGAAGACGGCAAGCCCAAGAAGAAGAAGAUCCGCACUCGGGUAAUCAAGAAGGUCAAGGGCGACAAGCAAGAAGUCACCAAGAUCGAAACCGUCGAGGAGGAUGACAAGGUACCCGAGACUACAGUCACCGUUGAAGAGGUUCCUUACGAAGAAGAGAAGCCCGAGGAUAUUCAGGAGCUUCCAGAGGAGGUUCGUGUGGUGGAAACCAUUUCCGAAGACGGCAAGCCCAAGAAGAAGAAGAUCCGCACUCGGGUAAUCAAGAAGGUCAAGGGCGACAAGCAAGAAGUCACCAAGAUCGAAACCGUCGAGGAGGAUGACAAGGUACCCGAGACUACAGUCACCGUUGAAGAGGUUCCUUACGAAGAAGAGAAGCCCGAGGAUAUUCAGGAGCUUCCAGAGGAGGUUCGUGUGGUGGAAACCAUUUCCGAAGACGGCAAGCCCAAGAAGAAGAAGAUCCGCACUCGGGUAAUCAAGAAGGUCAAGGGCGACAAGCAAGAAGUCACCAAGAUCGAAACCGUCGAGGAGGAUGACAAGGUACCCGAGACUACAGUCACCGUCGAAGAGGUCCCCUACGAAGAAGAGAAGCCCGAGGAGAUCCAGGAGCUUCCAGAGGAGGUUCGCGUUGUCGAAACUAUUUCCGAAGAUGGCAAGCCCAAGAAGAAGAAGAUCCGCACUCGGGUAAUCAAGAAGGUCAAGGGCGACAAGCAAGAAGUCACCAAGAUCGAAACCGUCGAGGAGGAUGACAAGGUACCCGAGACUACAGUCACCGUCGAAGAGGUCCCCUACGAAGAAGAGAAGCCCGAGGAGAUUCAGGAGCUUCCAGAGGAGGUUCGCGUUGUAGAAUCGAUCUCUGAAGAUGGCAAACCCAAGAAGAAGAAGAUCCGCACUCGCGUAAUCAAGAAGGUCAAGGGCGACAAACAAGAAGUCACCAAGAUCGAAACCGUCGAGGAGGAUGACAAGGUACCCGAGACUACAGUCACCGUUGAAGAGGUCCCCUACGAAGAAGAGAAGCCCGAGGAGAUCCAGGAGCUUCCAGAGGAGGUUCGUGUGGUGGAAACCAUUUCCGAAGACGGCAAGCCCAAGAAGAAGAAGAUCCGCACUCGGGUAAUCAAGAAGGUCAAGGGCGACAAGCAAGAAGUCACCAAGAUCGAAACCGUCGAGGUGGAUGACAAGGUACCCGAGACUACAGUCACCGUUGAAGAGGUCCCCUACGAAGAAGAGAAGCCCGAGGAGAUCCAGGAGCUUCCAGAGGAGGUUCGUGUGGUGGAAACCAUUUCCGAAGACGGCAAGCCCAAGAAGAAGAAGAUCCGCACUCGGGUAAUCAAGAAGGUCAAGGGCGACAAGCAAGAAGUCACCAAGAUCGAAACCGUCGAGGAGGAUGACAAGGUACCCGAGACUACAGUCACCGUUGAAGAGGUUCCUUACGAAGAAGAGAAGCCCGAGGAGAUUCAGGAGCUUCCAGAGGAGGUUCGCGUUGUAGAAUCUAUCUCUGAAGAUGGCAAACCAAAGAAGAAGAAGAUCCGCACUCGCGUAAUCAAGAAGGUCAAGGGGGACAAGCAAGAAGUCACCAAGAUCGAAACUGUCGAGGAGGAUGACAAGCCUUCUGAGACUACAGUCACCGUUGAAGAGGUCCCCUACGAAGAAGAGAAGCCCGAGGAGAUCCAGGAGCUUCCAGAGGAGGUUCGCGUUGUAGAAUCUAUCUCUGAAGAUGGCAAGCCCAAGAAGAAGAAGAUCCGCACUCGGGUAAUCAAAAAGGUCAAGGGCGACAAGCAAGAAGUCACCAAGAUCGAAACCGUCGAGGAGGAUGACAAGGUACCCGAGACUACAGUCACCGUUGAAGAGGUUCCGUACGAAGAAGAGAAGCCCGAGGAGAUUCAGGAGCUUCCAGAGGAGGUUCGCGUUGUAGAAUCUAUCGCUGAAGAUGGCAAGCCCAAGAAGAAGAAGAUCCGCACUCGCGUAAUCAAGAAGGUCAAGGGCGACAAACAAGAAGUCACCAAGAUCGAAACCGUCGAGGAGGAUGACAAGCUACCCGAGACGACAGUCACCGUUGAAGAAGUCCCCUACGAAGAAGAGAAGCCCGAAAAGAUUCAGGAGCUUCCAGAGGAGGUUCGCGUUGUAGAAUCUAUCUCUGAAGAUGGCAAGCCCAAGAAGAAGAAGAUCCGCACUCGGGUAAUCAAAAAGGUCAAGGGCGACAAGCAAGAAGUCACCAAGAUCGAAACCGUCGAGGAGGAUGACAAGGUACCCGAGACUACAGUCACCGUUGAAAAGGUUCCUUACGAAGAAGAGAAGCCCGAGGAGAUUCAGGAGCUUCCAGAGGAGGUUCGCGUUGUAGAAUCUAUCUCUGCAGAUGGCAAGGCCAAGAAGAAGAAGAUCCGCACUCGCGUAAUCAAGAAGGUCAAGGGCGACAAGCAAGAAGUCACCAAGAUCGAAACCGUCGAGGAGGAUGACAAGGUACCCGAGACUACAGUCACCGUUGAAGAGGUUCCUUACGAAGAAGAGAAGCCCGAGGAGAUUCAGGAGCUUCCAGAGGAGGUUCGCGAUGUAGAAUCUAUCUCUGAAGAUGGCAAGCCCAAGAAGAAGAAGAUCCGCACUCGCGUAAUCAAGAAGGUCAAGGGCGACAAACAAGAAGUCACCAAGAUCGAAACCGUCGAGGAGGAUGACAAGGUACCCGAGACUACAGUCACCGUUGAAGAAGUCCCCUACGAAGAAGAGAAGCCGGAGGAGAUUCAGGAGCUUCCAGAGGAGGUUCGCGUUGUAGAAUCUAUCUCUGAAGAUGGCAAACCCAAGAAGAAGAAGAUCCGCACUCGCGUAAUCAAGAAGGUCAAGGGCGACAAGCAAGAAGUCACCAAGAUCGAAACCGUCGAGGAGGAUGACAAGGUACCCGAGACUACAGUCACCGUCGAAGAGGUCCCCUACGAAGAAGAGAAGCCCGAGGAGAUCCAGGAGCUUCCAGAGGAGGCUCGUGUGGUGGAAACCAUUUCCGAAGACGGCAAGCCCAAGAAGAAGAAGAUCCGCACUCGGGUAAUCAAGAAGGUCAAGGGCGACAAGCAAGAAGUCACCAAGAUAGAAACCGUCGAGGAGGAUGACAAGCCUCCGGAGACUACAGUCACCGUCGAAGAGAUCCCCUACGAAGAAGAGAGGCCCGAGGAGAUCCAGGAGCUUCCAGAGGAGGUUCGCGUUGUAGAAUCGAUUUCUGAAGAUGGCAAACCCAAGAAGAAGAAGAUCCGCACUCGCGUAAUCAAGAAGGUCAAGGGAGACAAGCAAGAAGUUACCAAGAUCGAAACCGUCGAGGAGGAUGACAAGCCUUCUGAGACUACUGUCACCGUUGAAGAGGUUCCUUACGAAGAAGAGAAACCCGAGGAGAUCCAGGAGCUUCCGGAAGAGGUUCGCGUUGUGGAAUCUAUCUCUGAAGAUGGCAAACCCAAGAAGAAGAAGAUCCGUACUCGCGUAAUCAAGAAGGUCAAGGGCGACAAACAAGAAGUCACUAAGAUCGAAACCGUCGAGGAGGAUGACAAGCCUUCGGAGACUACAGUCACCGUCGAAGAGGUCCCCUACGAAGAAGAGAAGCCCGAGGAGAUCCAGGAGCUUCCAGAGGAGGUUCGCGUUGUCGAAACUAUUUCAGAAGACGGCAAACCCAAGAAGAAGAAGAUCCGUACUCGCGUUAUCAAGAAGGUCAAGGGAGACAAACAAGAAGUCACCAAGAUCGAAACCGUCGAGGAGGAUGACAAGGUACCCGAGACAACAGUCACCGUUGAAGAGGUUCCUUACGAAGAGGAAAAGCCCGAGGAGAUCCAGGAGCUUCCAGAGGAGGUUCGUGUGGUGGAAACCAUUUCCGAAGACGGCAAGCCCAAGAAGAAGAAGAUCCGCACUCGCGUUAUCAAGAAGGUCAAGGGAGACAAACAAGAAGUCACCAAGAUCGAAACCGUCGAGGAGGAUGACAAGCCUUCGGAGACUACAGUCACCGUCGAAGAGGUUCCCUACGAAGAAGAGAAGCCCGAGGAGAUCCAGGAGCUUCCCGAGGAGGUUCGUGUGGUGGAAACCAUUUCCGAAGACGGCAAGCCAAAGAAGAAGAAGAUCCGCACUCGCGUUAUCAAGAAGGUCAAGGGAGACAAACAAGAAGUCACCAAGAUCGAAACCGUCGAGGAGGAUGACAAGGUACCCGAGACAACAGUCACCGUUGAAGAGGUUCCUUACGAAGAGGAAAAGCCCGAGGAGAUCCAAGAGCUUCCAGAGGAGGUUCGUGUGGUGGAAACCAUUUCCGAAGACGGCAAGCCAAAAAAGAAGAAGAUCCGCACUCGCGUUAUCAAGAAGGUCAAGGGAGACAAACAAGAAGUCACCAAGAUCGAAACCGUCGAGGAGGAUGACAAGGUACCCGAGACAACAGUCACCGUUGAAGAGGUUCCUUACGAAGAGGAAAAGCCCGAGGAGAUUCAGGAGCUUCCAGAGGAGGUUCGCGUUGUAGAAUCUAUCUCUGCAGAUGGCAAGCCCAAGAAGAAGAAGAUCCGCACUCGCGUUAUCAAGAAGGUCAAGGGAGACAAACAAGAAGUCAUCAAGAUCGAAACCGUCGAGGAGGAUGACAAGGUACCCGAGACUACCGUUACCGUCGAAGAGGUCCCUUACGAAGAAGAGAAACCCGAGGAGAUCCAGGAGCUUCCAGAGGAGGUUCGUGUGGUGGAAACCAUUUCCGAAGACGGCAAGCCCAAGAAGAAGAAGAUCCGCACUCGCGUUAUCAAGAAGGUCAAGGGAGACAAACAAGAAGUCACCAAGAUCGAAACCGUCGAGGAGGAUGACAAGGUACCCGAGACAACAGUCACCGUUGAAGAGGUUCCUUACGAAGAGGAAAAGCCCGAGGAGAUUCAGGAGCUUCCAGAGGAGGUUCGCGUUGUAGAAUCUAUCUCUGCAGAUGGCAAGCCCAAGAAGAAGAAGAUCCGCACUCGCGUUAUCAAGAAGGUCAAGGGAGACAAACAAGAAGUCACCAAGAUCGAAACCGUCGAGGAGGAUGACAAGCCUUCGGAGACUACCGUCACCGUCGAAGAGGUCCCCUACGAAGAAGAGAAGCCCGAGGAGAUCCAGGAGCUUCCCGAGGAGGUUCGUGUGGUGGAAACCAUUUCCGAAGACGGCAAGCCAAAGAAGAAGAAGAUCCGCACUCGCGUUAUCAAGAAGGUCAAGGGAGACAAGCAAGAAGUCACCAAGAUCGAAACCGUCGAGGAGGAUGACAAGCCUUCGGAGACUACCGUCACCGUCGAAGAGGUCCCUUACGAAGAGGACAAGCCCGAGGAGAUCGAAGAGCUUCCAGAGGAGGUUCGUGUGGUGGAAACCAUUUCCGAAGAUGGCAAGCCCAAGAAGAAGAAGAUCCGCACUCGCGUUAUCAAGAAGGUCAAGGGAGACAAACAAGAAGUCACCAAGAUCGAAACCGUCGAGGAGGAUGACAAGCCUUCUGAGACUACCGUCACCGUCGAAGAGGUCCCUUACGAAGAAGAGAAACCCGAGGAGAUCCAGGAGCUUCCAGAGGAGGUUCGUGCGGUGGAAACCAUUUCCGAAGACGGCAAGCCCAAGAAGAAGAAGAUCCGCACUCGCGUUAUCAAGAAGGUCAAGGGAGACAAACAAGAAGUCACCAAGAUCGAAACCGUCGAGGAGGAUGACAAGGUACCCGAGACAACAGUCACCGUUGAAGAGGUUCCUUACGAAGAGGAAAAGCCCGAGGAGAUUCAGGAGCUUCCAGAGGAGGUUCGCGUUGUAGAAUCUAUCUCUGCAGAUGGCAAGCCCAAGAAGAAGAAGAUCCGCACUCGCGUUAUCAAGAAGGUCAAGGGAGACAAACAAGAAGUAACCAAGAUCGAAACCGUCGAGGAGGAUGACAAGCCUUCGGAGACUACCGUCACCGUCGAAGAGGUCCCCUACGAAGAAGAGAAGCCCGAGGAGAUCCAGGAGCUUCCCGAGGAGGUUCGUGUGGUGGAAACCAUUUCCGAAGACGGCAAGCCCAAGAAGAAGAAGAUCCGCACUCGCGUUAUCAAGAAGGUCAAGGGAGACAAACAAGAAGUCACCAAGAUCGAAACCGUCGAGGAGGAUGACAAGCCUUCGGAGACUACCGUCACCGUCGAAGAGGUCCCUUACGAAGAAGAGAAACCCGAGAAGAUCCAGGAUCUUCCAGAGGAGGUUCGUGUGGUGGAAACCAUUUCCGAAGACGGCAAGCCCAAGAAGAAGAAGAUCCGCACUCGCGUUAUUAAGAAGGUCAAGGGAGACAAACAAGAAGUCACCAAGAUCGAAACCGUCGAGGAGGAUGACAAGCCUUCUGAGACUACCGUCACCGUCGAAGAGGUCCCUUACGAAGAAGAGAAACACGAGGAGAUCCAGGAGCUUCCCGAGGAGGUACGUGUGGUGGAAACCAUUUCCGAAGACGGCAAGCCCAAGAAGAAGAAGAUCCGCACUCGCGUUAUCAAGAAGGUCAAGGGAGACAAACAAGAAGUCACCAAGAUCGAAACCGUCGAGGAGGAUGACAAGCCUUCUGAGACUACCGUCACCGUCGAAGAGGUCCCUUACGAAGAAGAGAAACCCGAGGAGAUCCAGGAGCUUCCCGAGGAGGUACGUGUGGUGGAAACCAUUUCCGAAGACGGCAAGCCCAAGAAGAAGAAGAUCCGCACUCGCGUUAUCAAGAAGGUCAAGGGAGACAAACAAGAAGUCACCAAGAUCGAAACCGUCGAGGAGGAUGACAAGCCUUCUGAGACUACCGUCACCGUCGAAGAGGUCCCUUACGAAGAAGAGAAACCCGAGGAGAUCCAGGAGCUUCCCGAGGAGGUACGUGUGGUGGAAACCAUUUCCGAAGACGGCAAGCCAAAGAAGAAGAAGAUCCGCACUCGCGUUAUCAAGAAGGUCAAGGGAGACAAACAAGAAGUAACCAAGAUCGAAACCGUCGAGGAGGAUGACAAGCCUUCGGAGACUACCGUCACCGUCGAAGAGGUCCCCUACGAAGAAGAGAAGCCCGAGGAGAUCCAGGAGCUUCCCGAGGAGGUACGUGUGGUGGAAACCAUUUCCGAAGACGGCAAGCCCAAGAAGAAGAAGAUCCGCACUCGCGUUAUCAAGAAGGUCAAGGGAGACAAACAAGAAGUCACCAAGAUCGAAACCGUCGAGGAGGAGGACAAGGUACCCGAGACAACAGUCACCGUUGAAGAGGUCCCCUACGAAGAAGAGAAGCCCGAGGAGAUCCAGGAGCUUCCAGAGGAGGUUCGUGUGGUGGAAACCAUUUCCGAAGACGGCAAGCCCAAGAAGAAGAAGAUCCGCACUCGCGUUAUUAAGAAGGUCAAGGGAGACAAACAAGAAGUCACCAAGAUCGAAACCGUCGAGGAGGAUGACAAGCCUUCUGAGACUACCGUCACCGUCGAAGAGGUCCCUUACGAAGAAGAGGAACCCGAGGAGAUCCAGGAGCUUCCCGAGGAGGUACGUGUGGUGGAAACCAUUUCCGAAGACGGCAAGCCCAAGAAGAAGAAGAUCCGCACUCGCGUUAUCAAGAAGGUCAAGGGAGACAAACAAGAAGUCACCAAGAUCGAAACCGUCGAGGAGGAUGACAAGCCUUCUGAGACUACCGUCACCGUCGAAGAGGUCCCUUACGAAGAAGAGAAACCCGAGGAGAUCCAGGAGCUUCCAGAGGAGGUUCGUGUGGUGGAAACUAUUUCCAAAGACGGCAAGCCCAAGAAGAGGAAGAUCCGCACUCGCGUUAUCAAGAAGGUCAAGGGAGACAAGCAAGAAGUCACCAAGAUCGAAACCGUCGAGGAGGAUGACAAGGUACCCGAGACUACAGUCACCGUUGAAGAGGUUGCUUACGAAAAGGAAAAGCCCGAGGAGAUCGAAGAGCUUCCAGAGGAGGUUCGUGUGGUGGAAACCAUUUCCGAAGACGGCAAGCCCAAGAAGAAGAAGAUCCGCACUCGCGUUAUUAAGAAGGUCAAGGGAGACAAACAAGAAGUCACCAAGAUCGAAACCGUCGAGGAGGAUGACAAGCCUUCUGAGACUACCGUCACCGUCGAAGAGGUCCCUUACGAAGAAGAGAAGCCCGAGGAGAUCCAGGAGCUUCCAGAGGAGGUUCGUGUGGUGGAAACCAUUUCCGAAGACGGCAAGCCCAAGAAGAAGAAGAUCCGCACUCGCGUUAUCAAGAAGGUCAAGGGAGACAAACAAGAAGUCACCAAGAUCGAAACCGUCGAGGAGGAUGACAAGGUACCCGAGACAACAGUCACCGUUGAAGAGGUCCCCUACGAAGAAGAGAAGCCCGAGGAGAUCCAGGAGCUUCCAGAGGAGGUUCGUGUGGUGGAAACUAUUUACGAAGACGGCAAGCCCAAGAAGAAGAAGAUCCGCACUCGCGUUAUCAAGAAGGUCAUGGGAGACAAGCAAGAAGUCACCAAGAUCGAAACCGUCGAGGAGGAUGACAAGCCUUCUGAGACUACCGUCACCGUCGAAGAGGUCCCUUACGAAGAAGAGAAACCCGAAGAUAUCCAGGAGCUUCCAGAAGAGGUUCGUGUGUUUGAAACUAUUUCCGAAGACGGCAAGCCCAGGAAGAAGAAGAUCCGCACUCGCGUUAUCAAGAAGGUCAAGGGAGACAAGCAAGAAGUCACCAAGAUCGAAACCGUCGAGGAGGAUGACAAGCCUUCGGAGACUACAGUCACCAUCGAAGAGGUCCCUUACGAAGAAGAGAAACCCGAGUUGAUCCAGGAGCUUCCAGAGGAGUUUCGUGUGGUGGAAACAAUUUCCGAAGACGGCAAGCCCAAGAAGAAGAAGAUCCGCACGCGCGUUAUCAAGAAGGUCAAGGGAGACAAGCAAGAAGUCACCAAGAUCGAAACCGUCGAGGAGGAUGACAAGCCUUCGGAGACUACCGUCACCGUCGAAGAGGUCCCUUACGAAGAGGACAAGCCCGAGGAGAUCGAAGAGCUUCCAGAGGAGGUUCGUGUGGUGGAAACCAUUUCCGAAGAUGGCAAGCCCAAGAAGAAGAAGAUCCGCACUCGCGUUAUCAAGAAGGUCAAGGGAGACAAACAAGAAGUCACCAAGAUCGAAACCGUCGAGGAGGAUGACAAGCCUUCUGAGACUACCGUCACCGUCGAAGAGGUCCCUUACGAAGAAGAGAAACCCGAGGAGAUCCAGGAGCUUCCAGAGGAGGUUCGUGUGGUGGAAACCAUUUCCGAAGACGGCAAGCCCAAGAAGAAGAAGAUCCGCACUCGCGUUAUCAAGAAGGUCAAGGGAGACAAACAAGAAGUCACCAAGAUCGAAACCGUCGAGGAGGAUGACAAGCCUUCUGAGACUACUGUCACCGUCGAAGAGGUUCCCUACGAAGAAGAGAAGCCCGAGGAGAUCCAGGAGCUUCCAGAGGAGGUUCGUGUGGUGGAAACCAUUUCCGAAGACGGCAAGCCCAAGAAGAAGAAGAUCCGCACUCGCGUUAUCAAGAAGGUCAAGGGAGACAAACAAGAAGUCACCAAGAUCGAAACCGUCGAGGAGGAUGACAAGCCUUCUGAGACUACUGUCACCGUCGAAGAGGUCCCCUACGAAGAAGAGAAGCCCGAGGAGAUCCAGGAGCUUCCAGAGGAGGUUCGUGUGGUGGAAACCAUUUCCGAAGACGGCAAGCCCAAGAAGAAGAAGAUCCGCACUCGCGUUAUCAAGAAGGUCAAGGGAGACAGACAAGAAGUCACCAAGAUCGAAACGGUCGAGGAGGAUGACAAGCCUUCGGAGACUACCGUCACCGUCGAAGAGGUCCCCUACGAAGAAGAGAAGCCCGAGGAGAUCCAGGAGCUUCCAGAGGAGGUUCGUGUGGUGGAAACCAUUUCCGAAGACGGCAAGCCCAAGAAGAAGAAGAUCCGCACUCGCGUUAUCAAGAAGGUCAAGGGGGAUAAGCAAGAAGUCACCAAGAUCGAAACCGUCGAGGAGGAUGACAAGACUGCUGAGACUACUGUCACUGUUGAAGAGGUUCCGUACGAAGAGGACAGACCCGAGGAGAUCGAAGAGCUUCCAGAGGAGGUUCGUGUGGUGGAAAUCAUUUCCGAAGACGGAAAGACCAAGAAGAAGAAGAUCCGUACUCGCGUUAUCAAGAAGGUCAAGGGAGACAAGCAAGAAGUCACCAAGAUCGAAACCGUCGAGGAGGAUGACAAGCCCUCGGAGACUACCGUCACCGUCGAAGAGGUUCCUUACGAAGAGGAGAAACCCGAUGAGGUGGAAGAGCUUCCAGAAGAGGUUCGCGUGGUGGAAUCUUUCUCUGUAGACGGCAAACCUAAGACGAAGAAGAUACGCACUCGCGUAAUUAAGAAGGUCAAGGGUGAUAAGCAAGAGGUCACCAAGAUCGAAACUGUCGAAGAGGAUAACAAGAAGCCAGAGACAACAGUCACGGUGGAAGAAACUGAUCUGAAGACUCCAUUUGGUGGCAAAGUGAAGCUUAAGAAGAGAGUUAUUGUGCAAAAGCCUGAAGAUGAGGAGACUGUGGUCGAGUUGCCUGAGAGAAAGUCUGUUAUUCUUUCAGAGAAGGAAGAUGGUACUCCCACAAAGACUGUUGUCAAGACACGAAUUAUCAAAAAGAUCAAGGGCUCCAACAUGGAGGUAACUAAGAUUCAAACUGUCGAGGAAUACGAAAAGGAGCCAAAGACAAAGGUGACAGUAGAGAACUUUGAAUUGCCCUUCCCUGAACUGCCAGAGGAAAAGAUCUCUGAGGUAGUGGUACUACCCGAUGAGGUCCUGGAGUCGGAAACAGUAGACGAAGAAGGUGCGCCAAAGAUUGUGAAAACAAAGAAACGUGUGAUUAAAAAGCCGACGAGUGACAAGACGGAAGAGGUUACUCAAAUUGAUAUCAUUGAACAAGAUGAUGCAGAGCCCAUCUAUUCGAUAUCAGUGACAGAACAGCCUCUAACCGAAUCGAAACCGGAAGACAAUAAGUCCUUGGAGCUGCCGGAACAAGUGGCAGAGCUGGAAUACACUUCUCCAGAUGGUACCAAAAAGAAGAAGACAGUCAAGUCCAGGGCUUUCAAAAAGAAUCUCGACGAUAAACUCGACGAAGUGACAACGGUUCAGACAGUCGUCGAAGACGACAAGGAACCCCUGACAACAGUGCAAGUGGAGGUUGUGCCUGCUGAUGAUUUCGCCCCCAUACCGAUUGAGGAGUUGCCGGAGGAGACAACAUUCACCGAGGAGCUGGACAGCAAUAAGAAGCCAAAGAAGAAGACGACGAAGACGCGUACCUUCAAGAAACAGGGACCAGAGGAAGAGGAUCUGGAAUAUUUCCAGAUACAAACAAUCGAGGAAGAGGGCAAAGAGCCCUAUUCCUUGAUACGGGUUGUAAGCGAUGAAAAUCUCUCUGAUAUCGCCGAUAUAAUCGAUAUUAGUAAAUGCGACGAUGAAAAGGUUUCACCCACCAACAAACACAAACAAAAGCCACACAAAAAACCCAAGGUGGAGAAACAAGCAAAGCCCGAAAACACAACAACCGAAUACAUAACGACAUUCAAAUCUGUACAAAACGAAGAUGGAGAGACCACAAUAGAAACCGAACAGAAACGAAUCUCUCAGGAGGAGCAAGGCAUCGUUGUUGAGGAGGUACUCAGUGAUACCGAACCCAUUCCAGAAGACACUACAACACCACAAUCAACACCACACCUUGAAAUUGUUGAAGUCAGCGAGCCAACAGACCAACAGAACAACAAAGAGUACACUAUCACAGAACCCGAAGAUGUUGUAAGUGCAGGAGACGACAAGAAGGAACCCAAACAGAAACAGAAACAGAAAAAGAAACCAUCUACCAAAGCUCCCAUUGAGGGGGAGACAAUUGUUGAGGAGGAACAGGAGCAGGAGGAGUCUCCUACUGGGGAGACACUGACAGAGGAGGGUCCUACAGGGGAGACGACACUGACGGAGGAGGGUCCUGGGGAAAAGACAGGGGUUAAGAAACGCAAACCAAAGAAAUUAGUGGUCAUAGAAGAGGGUAAGGUUGAGGAGAGUCCUACUGCUACUGGUGAGAAGAAAGACAAGCCCAAGAAAAAGAAGGUCGUUAAAUCGAAACGGGAUGAAUUGGAUGAGUACAUACAGUUCCUCAUCCAUCAGGAGAUACCCAAGACAGUCAUUCAGGGAUAUCAACGCACGGAAAUGGAGCUCCCGCAAAGGGCUCGUCGUGAUUCGUCCUUCAAGCAACCCCAGCCAAUGAAGCUGACUCCCAUGAAAAUCGAGAAAAUUGAAUUUAAACGACCCAAAAUGUUGGAAAUCACCUCUGUGGCCGAAUUCCCACAAAUGCUGAAGCUGAAAACGCCCAAGCAACGCCCGGAGGUGGAGAAAAAGAAGAAGGUUGAAGCUUCCUUCAAGAACAAGAAACUCAAGAGUUGGAUACGAUUCAUACCGUACUCUCCGUACUGCUUCCCGUAUGUCCUGACCGAGUUGGAAACCCAUCGGGAGAGUGGAGAACUCUCUCGCAAUGUCGAAGAGGCCGAAGAGGUCCUGCGGCUGCGUCCCAAGAAGUUCAAACACCGCAAGCCCUCAAAGGCAGAGCUAGAGCAGCCCGAUCUCGAGACCUUUGACUCUGAGGAGAGCCAACCGUCGGAUGAGGAGCAACCCAAGCCCAAGUACAAGCGUGGCAAGAAGAAAACGGAGGAAACUCCUGAGGAAACUCGAAAGCUAAAACUUGGCAAGGGCAAGAUUCCACAGAAUGUCGAAACCUUGGAAGAGGUUCACUUGAAACCCGUCAAAAUCGAAGGCAAAGAAGAGGAUAUUGAAGAGAAACCCCAAAAGGUGGUCGAAGAGGAGGCUCCAAAGAAAAAGAAGUCCAAAAAGUCCGAGAAACCACAGGACACAAUCCACUUUGAGCCCUUGGAGCUGACAGAUUUCGAAAGAACUUCGGAACAACCUGAAGAUUCGGAUACAUCUAUCGUUGAAGACACUGAAACACUCGAAAAACCCAAGCACAAGCGAAAGAAGAAGGUUACACCGUCACCCGAUACAAUUCAGCACAAAAUCACUCCAGGAAAGCCGAAGGACGUUGAAGAAACUCCCGAGGAUGAUCUAAAGCUGCGCUACCGUCAAGGCGAACGACCAGAGGAUGUCCAGGAAGAAGUGAAACUUAAGCCAAUCUUCAAAUAUGAAGUUGUGGAACUACAACCAGAAGUCACACCCGAGGAAACAGCGGAAUCGCCGAGGAAACCCAUCAAAGAACCCAAGAAAAAGCGCAAGAUUAAGGUGAAAACUGAUCUUGAGGAAAACACCAUUGAAAUAAUGGAAGUUUCACCAAAAGAUACUGAUGAAAAGAUCUAUGAAAUUACCAUCACAAGUUCGGAAACAGAUCAGGUUGAUAGAAAACCCAAGAAAACACUCAAAAAGAAGGUCAAACGCAUGAACCAAGAGGAACUUGAGGAAUUUGUGGCCGAAAUAAAGGAAAAACCUGAACAAAAGUUCUAUGAAACUCGUACAGAAGACUUCUUUGAGGUAAAACUCACGGAACUACAGCCUGAGGCUCCUUCUGAGGAGCAACCCAAAAAGCGCAGAAUCCUCCAUGAAAAGGGUAAUGAAACAGAGAUCCUUGAAAUCGUUGAAACGUUGCCUUCUGAAGGUGAAGAGCCGCUCUAUGAAGUAACAAUAACCUCUAGCGAAGCAAAGGAGGAGGAGAAGGUUAUUCCUUCAAGAGAAAAGCCCAAGAGGAAAACCAAGAAAAUGACAAAGGAUGAACUCGAUGCCUACAUUCAGCAAUUGAUCAACGCAGAGAUUCCCUUGACAGAGUUGGAGAAAUACGAGAAAAUCGAUGUGGAUGGCAAGCCAAAGAAGGCCAAGAAACAGAAACCAAAGCCUCAGGAACCCGUCUUCCCAGAGGGUGAAACGCUUCAGAUCGGAGUCACGGAACACGAGCCUAAGGAAAAGCCAAAGGCCAAGAAACCCAAGGCCAAGAAAAUCAUGAAGGAAGAGGAAACCCUUGAAACGGAGAUAAUUCCGGUCUACGAUGAGUUCUUGAUCAAGAAGAUCGAUUCGGAGCGGGCUCCACAGGAGGAGAUCGAAGAACCAGAAGAGGAAAUCGUCCCGGAAUUGGAUGAAAUAAUUGCUGAUCUACAGGAAACCCUGCCCAUAGUUGUCCUCGAGGAGGUAGUGGACACUGUGCCACUAGUCAUUGAAGAACUCGACAUCCAGGAAGAGAAAAUCACUAAAAAGCGAAAGGUCAAGACCAGGAAGGGUUCCAAAGUGUACGAGAUUGAAAUCAUUGAAACCGAGGCUCCCGAGGAUAUCCCCGAAGAGGCGAAGGUCAUCGUGAUAACGACAGAAACAACAGAAGAUACGACGGAUGUUCCUGAGGAAGAUAAACCGGAGGCACCCAAGAAAACAGUGAAAAAGGUGAAGAAGGAAAAUCUAAAAGAAUACAUCGUCAAGGUUGUGGAAGAGGCACCUACAGAGCUGAUUGCGGAGAUAUCCGAAGAUUAUACACCGGUUCCAGAGCGUGAGAAAUCGCCAGAAGAGGACAUUACCUCCUUUACCACGACUGUUGUUGAAGAGGAAGCCCUGCAAGAGGUUUCUCCAGAAGAGGAGAAACCAGAAGAUGUUCGAAGCCUUCCCAAGGAUAAGAAGAAGAAAUCUGAAAAGCAGAAAAAGGUGAAAAUAACAGAAACGGAACCUGAAAGAACCCCAGAGGCAUUAACCAUCACAGAAGAUACUGUAUCUGUAAUUGAAACAGAGGAAACACCCCAAACCGAAGCAUAUUCUGUGGAAGUUAGGGACUCAACACCCAAGAAAAUCAAGAAACCCGCCAAGAAACCAAAGGAAGAGGCCCCUAAGGAGCCCAUAUCUGAAUUUACAAUUCGGGUGGAAGAGCUAGCACCCGAAACAAUCAUCGAAGAAACAGUCAAUGAAGAGGGACAGACAGUGGAACGUGUGAUCACCAAACGUAAGCUCAAAAAGAAAGCUGGACCCAAGGAAUACCUCAUUGAAGUGAUUGAAACCUAUGAAGAGAACAAACCCGAGGCAGAAGUCGUAAUACAAACCACAGAAAUCACACCAGUCACGGAGGAACAACCCCAGGAGGAGCACAAGAUAAAGAUCGUCAAGAAAAAGAAGCCCAAGACCGAAAGUUUGGACAACUUUAUCCAAGAACUGGUCGAAGAGGAUAUUCCGAAGCCAGAACUGGAAGAAUUCGAAGUUCGUGUAUCGGAGUCCACGACAUCGGAGGUGAAGAAACCCAAGAAAAUCAAGAAACAACACAAGAAAACCACUCAGGUGGUGGAUGGUGUGCCCACAACAGUCUAUGAGGUUAUCGUUCAAGAGUUUGAGAUCGAUCAUGAAGAUCUCAAACCCGUUGAAGUGGUAGAGGAAAGCGAUCACGAAGAUGUCGAGGAAACUCCCACGGAUCAGCAAGUAAAGGUCGUUGAAGAGAAGCCCAAGUCCAAGCCCAAGAAAUCAGCGAAAAUCAAGGUGCUGGAAGAGGAAAAGGCAGAACCCGUCAUUCAAGACAUCUCUGAAGUGGUGGAAGUCCGUGUCACCGAAGAGGACGGUGUUCCACAAAAGGUUGAAGUGCGAAAGAAGAAGGUUUCACGGAAACAGGGACCCAAAGAACAGAUAUUUGAGAUCACCGAAACCAUAACGAAUGAUGAACCUCUGGCGGAGGUUUCCAUAGUGGAGAUUACAGAGGAGGAACCCAAGGAGGAUGCUCCAGAGAUCACGGAGAAAAAACCCAUCAAGAAACCGAAGAAGCUGAAACCCGAAGAAGUCAAGAAUUAUGUUGUUAAUGUUCUUGAAGAAUUGGUGCAACCCUUCAAGUUUGAGGAACCCCUCAUUGAGGACCUUUCGGAAACAGUGGAGAUCACUAAGGUCACCGAAGAGGAUGGCACCGAAAAGAAGGUGGAAGUGAAGAAAAAGAAGGUCUCCAGGAAACAGGGACCCAAGGAACAGAUCUUCGAGAUCACAGAAACCAAAACGAACGAUGAGCCUCUGGCAGAGGUAACCAUCAUCGAAGUAACCGAGGAAGAAAAGCCCAAGGAAUCUGUUCCCGAGAUCAAAGAAACGAAACCCAUCAAAAAACCCAAGAAACUGAAGCCCGAAGAUGUCAAAAACUACAUCAUCAAUGUUCUGGAAGAAUACGUCGAGCCCUAUAAGUUUGAAGAGCUCCCCGAGGACGUUGAAAGGGUACAACCAGUGAUUGAAGACAUCUUCGAGUCCGUGGAAAUCGUCAAGGUAACCGAAGAGGAUGGCACCGAAAAGAAGGUGGAAACGAAGAAGAAGAAGAUCGUCAGGAAACAGGGACCCAAGGAACAGAUCUUCGAGAUCACCGAAACCAAAACGAAUGAUGAACCCCUGGCUGAAGUGACUAUAGUGGAGAUUAUAGAGGAAGAAAAGCCGGAGGAAGUUGUUCCCGAGAUCAAGGAGAAGAAACCCAUCAAGAAACCCAAGAAACUGAAACCCGAAGAUGUCAAGAAUUAUGUGAUCAAUGUUCUGGAAGAAUUUGUAGAGCCCUACAAGUUUGAAGAGGUGAUACAAGAACAACCCAUCAUUGAAGAACUUCCCGAAACUGUGCAGAUUACACAAGUCACUGAAGAGGAUGGUGUUCCAAAGAAGGUGGAGGUCCGGAAGAAGAAGGUUUCAAGGAAACAGGGACCCAAUGAACAGGUCUUCGAGAUCACCGAAACCAUAACGAAUGAUGAACCUCUGGCUGAAGUUUCCAUUGUGGAGAUUACCGAAGAAGAGACCCCUAAGGAAGAAGUUCCGGAGAUCAAGGAGAAAAAACCCAUCAAGAAGCCGAAGAAACUUAAGCCCGAAGAAGUAAAGGAUUAUGUGAUCAAUGUCCUUGAAGAAUUUGUGGAACCCUACAAGUUUGAGGAACCCGUCAUUGAGGACCUUUCGGAAACAGUGGAGAUCACUAAGGUCACCGAAGAGGAUGACACCGAAAAGAAGGUGGAAGUGAAGAAAAAGAAGGUCUCCAGGAAACAAGGACCCAAAGAACAGAUCUUCGAGAUCACCGAAACCAAAACGAACGAUGAGCCUCUGGCAGAGGUAACCAUCAUCGAAGUAACCGAGGAAGAAAAGCCCAAGGAAGCCGUUCCCGAGAUCAAAGAAACGAAACCCAUCAAAAAACCCAAGAAACUGAAGCCCGAAGAUGUCAAAAACUACAUCAUCAAUGUUCUGGAAGAAUACGUCGAGCCCUAUAAGUUUGAAGAACUCCCCGAGGACGUUGAAAAGGUACAACCAGUGAUUGAAGACAUCUCCGAGUCCGUGGAAAUCGUCAAGGUAACCGAAGAGGAUGGCACCGAAAAGAAGGUGGAAACGAAGAAGAAGAAGAUCGUCAGGAAACAGGGACCCAAGGAACAGGUCUUCGAGAUCACCGAAACCAAAACGAAUGAUGAACCUCUGGCUGAAGUGACUAUAGUGGAGAUUAUAGAGGAAGAAAAGCCGGAGGAAGUUGUUCCCGAGAUCAAGGAGAAGAAACCCAUCAAGAAACCCAAGAAACUAAAACCAGAAGAAGUUCAAAGCUACAUCAUCAACGUCCUUGAAGAAUUUGUGGAACCACAGAGGUUUGAGGAGGAGGAGGUCGAAUCCGAUGUUCUUGAGGAAAUUCCCGAACAAAAACCAAAAACUCCAAAGCCAAAGAAACCUUCAAAGAAACCUGUGGAGCAGCAGACAAUCCGCAUUGAGGAGUUGGCCCCCGAAACCGUCAUCGAGGACAUUGUCAACGAAAAGGGCGAGGAGGUCAAGCAGGUGAAGACCACAAAGAAGCUCAAGAAGAAGGAUGGCCCCAAGGAGUACAUCAUUGAGAUCACAGAAACGUACCAGGAGAACAAUCCCGAGGCCAUCAUAGAAUUCACAACGACUGAAGUGCCCUCGGAGGAGGCCGCACCAAAGGACGUCGCGGAGGAGCAACCCCUGAAGAUUGUUCAGAAGAUCAAGAAAAAGAAACCCGUCAAGGACGAUCUGGACAAGUACAUCCAAGAGCUGAUCGAACAGGAGAUCACGAAAACGGAGCUGGAACAGUACGAGCCAACGGAGAUGGAUGACAAGCCCAAGAAGCCCAAGAAGAAGGUCAAGACACAUCACAAGAAAACUGUGGACGUGGUGGAUGGUUUUCCUGUGACAAUCCAUGAAUUCAAUGUCGAGGAAAUCGAACCAGAAGUGGAGGAACCGGAAGAGUUGGAAGUCUUCCCAGAGGAUGUGCAGGAGCUGCCACAAAAGCCAGAGGAUUCGACAAAAUAUUUGGUCAACGUUGCCGAUGAAUUCUUGGAGGCCGUGAAACCCCUGGAAACUCCCGAGGAAAAACCGAUACCGACAAAGAAGGAAAAGCCACAAAAGAAGAAAAAGGAAAAAAAGGAGGAGAUCCCCGCUGUUCCUUUGGAGGAAAUCGAACAAACUGUGGAGGUCGUCGAGAAGCCCGAUGAAGAGGGCACCAUCAAGGAGGUGACCAUCAAAAAGCGAAAGGUUCUGCGCCGCAAGGGUUCCCAGGAGAAGGUCUUUGAGAUCACAGAAACCACCAGCGAGGAUCAGCCCAUUGCUGAGGUGACAGUCACUGAAGUGAUCGCCGAUGAGGUGGAAAUCACCGAGGAAGCACCCAAGCCCGUAAAGAAGAUACUUAAGAAGCCGAAACAAUUGAAAAAGGAUGAAAUCGAGGAAUAUGUCAUCAACGUUAUUGAGGAAUUCGUGGAACAGGCACCCAUUGAAAUCGUGGAAAGUGAGGCAGAAGAGAUUAUAGAGGAGAAACCCAAGAAAGCAAAGAAAUCUCCCAAGAAAUAUACAGUCACAGAAACAGAAGAAGAGGCGGACUUGAAGGAACCUCAAGUACCAGAGGAGAUAUUUGUGGAAACUAUGGAAAUAGUCAUUGAAAAGCCCGAGGAAACCCCUGCCUACACCAUCGGUGUUACAGAGGAGAGUUCCACAGACGAAAAGCCCAAACCAAAGACCAAGAAACCUUCGAAACCCAAGACUCAAAAGCAACCCUCACAAGAGGAAUCGCCAGAAUAUAUGGUCAAGGCCAUAUCCGAUGAGCAUAUCCCCGAAGAAGUCUUCCCCGAACAUACGACCAUCGUCGUGGAGUCGGAGGAACCUACGCCCUUGGAGGAACCAUCCUUCCAGAUCCAAGAACUCGAAACAGAGGCCAUGGAGCAGCAGAUCACAGACGACAAGGGUGAAACCACCAAGCAGACGGUCACGAAGCGAAAGAUCAAGAAGCAGGUGGGACCCAAGGAGGAGAUCAUCGAAAUUGUGGAGACCAUGACGGAGGGGGACACACCCGAGUACGAGGUCAUAGUGCACACCGAAGAGGUGGAGCCUCUGAAGGAGGACAUUCCCCAGGAAGAGGCACCCAAAAAGGUCAGGAAAACAAAGAAGGUCCCCAAGGACGAUCUCCACGAUUAUAUUCAAAAACUCAUCGAGCAGGAUAUACCAAAAACCGAGUUGGAAAAGUACGAAAAGAUCGACUUGGAUGAGCCGGUGAAAAUGAAAAAGAAACCCGCCAAAAAGGUCAAGGUUCAUGAGGAAAAACCCACCGAAAAACCCCAAGAAUCCGAAGAAGAAACCCCCAUUCCCGAGGAAGAUCAGCCAACAGUAGAGGAGGCCAAGGAAGAGCCAAAACUAAAGAUCACUGUGAGAGAAUUUUCGCCGGAAAAGCCCGAAGAAAAGUCCUUUGAAAUCGUAGUGCUCGAGGAAACGGUCGAGAUUCAACAGGUGCCCGACGAAGAGGGUCAAGUCAGGGAAAAGGUCGUCAAAACAAAGAAAAUCAAGCAGAAAAAGGGUCCCCAGGAGGUAGUUCAUGAUAUUGUCGAGGUCACGGAUGCAGACACAAAUGAAUCUGAGAUCACAGUCACCACGACAACUCCCUCGGAGGAGACGGUAGAUGUCGAGCCCGUGGCUAAGCAGAAACGUACGAAAAAGAUAAAAAAGGAUGAUGUCGAGGACUUCAUCAAGGCCGUGAUUGAGGAGGAAACUCCGAAGCCCAUCGAACCGGAGGCUGUUGUGGCUGUCGCAGAAGAAACGCCAUCGGAGCCAACGCCAGAAAAGCCCAAAAAGAAGGCCAAGAAGGAGAAGCCAGCCGCUGUUGAAGAGGAAAAACCAGAACCAGAGGAAAUCUCUGUCGUGGAAAGCGUGCCGGAGGAUACUCCUCAGCCAGAAGAGGUCUUUACUGUGGAGGUUUCGAUGCCGAUCGUAGAAGAACCCGAACAUGAGAUCGAUCAAACGGAAGAAACGCCGAAACCUGAAAAGAAAAAGAAACCAAAGGCAAAGGUCAUCGUUUCUGAGGAAGCACCAAAGGAAGAAGAACUCCCGGAGGAGCCUCUGGAAGUGACAGAAAUCGAAUCCGAUGUUGAAAAACCUGACGAUCAAACAUUCAGCAUUUCCGUCAAGGAGGAAACCGCUUCCCAGGACAAACCCCAAAAGAAAAAGACAUCCAAAAAGCCACAAGAAACCACCGAAGAAACUCCUCUCGAUUCAUAUCAAAUUUCCAUCAAGGAAAGUGCCGCGGAACCCCAGGAAGAAAAGCCCUUCACCAUCGAGGUCAUCGAAAGCGAAACGCAGGUCAAGGAGACCACAGACGCCGCCGGGGAGACCCACAAGGAGGUCACCACCAAGCGCAAGAUCAAGCGACCCGAUGGCGAGGGUCAAAUCGAGAUCAUAGAAGUCCUGAGGGAUGAUCAACCGGAAGCAGAAAUCACAAUUGUGGAAUACGAGCCCGAAGCCCCCACCAAAGAGGAUGAGAAACCCAAGGAACCCAAGAAGAAAACCAAGAAAGUCAAGAAGGACGACAUCCACGACUACAUACAAAAGCUCAUCGACAUGGAGACGCCCAAAACGGAGCUGGAGAAGUACGAGAAAUUCGACUUUGAACCGACUGUCAGGGACAAGCCCACGGAAAAGCCCAUCGAUGUGGUUGAGGAAGCCCCCGAGGGCAAACCAAAGAAGGACAAGAAACCGAAAGCCAAGCAAACGACGAAGGAAGCCUCGCCUGUGCCCGAAGAGCUGGCCCAGGUGAAGAUCCUCGAGGUAGAAGCUCCCGAAGAAGAGCCUCUUCUGACCGUGGAGAUUGUUGAGGUCCAGCCGGAGGAGGUUCAAAUCCAGGAGAUCGUCACGGAAGAGGGUAAACCCAUUCAGGAAAAGACCACCAAGAGAGUCCUGAAGAAAAAGGGACCCAAGGAGGAUACCACGUUCAAGAUAACCACCAUCGAGAGCGAGGAUAAUGAUUCCGUGAUGGUCAUUGUGGAUGAGGAGCCACAGCCAGAGGCAGUCGUUGUUCCCGUGGAAGAACAGCCCGAAGAAGAGGAACCGAAGCCCAAGCCAAAGUCCAAGAAAACCGUCAAGAAGGUAAAGAAGGAGGAGCUAGAUGAUUAUGUGAAGAAGUUGAUAGAAGAGGAGACACCAAAAGAGGUAGAAAAAGAAGAGGCUCUUCCACUUCCCGAGGAGGAAAAGGUUCUUCCCGAGGAAGAGGAUUCCCAGCCAGUAGAGGUAGGCCCCGAAUCAACCAAACCCCAGACAAAGAAACCAAAGACCCAAAAGAAACCCAAGACAGAGACAGACGAACCCACUGAGCAGACAUACGUGACGACUGUAGAGAUACCCAAGGACGAUGAGGAAGAGAGCACAACAACAACAACAACAACAACCACACCGAUACAUGCACAAGAGGACACAGCCACUGCACAAAUUACACCGCAAGAAGAGGCACCCACAGCAACAACAACAACAGCACAGAAAACAGUUAAACAUAAACAGAAAACAAAACCAGAAACACACAAAGAAAGCCCUGAAACAGAAACAACAACAAGUGAAGCGACAGAGGUACACAAGGACUAUCAAAUCAGCAUCAUUCACGAGGAACCCAUCGUCGAGGAGGAGGAACAGCCCGAGAAGAUCCACGAGAUACGAGUCAUCGAUGAGAUCGCAGAGAUCGAGGAAUCGCAGCCCAUCAUCGAGGAGGUGGAGGAAGAGGAGGAGCAGCCCAUAGCCGAGGACCAGCCCGAGGAUGUCAGCAAGCCCAAGGCCAAAAAGAAGAAGAUCAUCAAAAAGAAAACCGAUGAUCACGAUGAGAUCAUCCGCAAGUUACUGGAGCAGGAAAUCGAGAAAACGGAGCUCGAAAAGUACGAAAAGAUCGAUUUCGAUCUGCCCAAGAAACUGAAACCGGAAUUCGCCAAUCUCGAGCCCAUGAAAAUCGAGCGAAAGGAUCAGAAGCCCACCAAAGUGCAGAUUGUGGAGGCGGCAGAGGUCCCGAAACAGGUCAAACUAAAGCCAGGAAAACGCAAGGAGAAACCCACCGAAGAGCAGUCCGUACAGCUGCCCAAAUUCCGGCUCAAGGCCCGCAUGGUCAUGGUCGAGUAUCCUCCGGCUCCAUUGAUCCCCAAGCUGACCGAGAUUGGCGCCACGAAGGACAAUGGAGAGCUUUCGCGCAACAUCGACGAGGCCGAAGAGGCCCUCAAGUUCAAGAAACCAAAGACCAAGAAGAUCAAAAAGAUCAAGGACGACCUGGAGAAGGUCGAGCUCGAGAAGUACGAGAAGUAUGUCAGCAGCGAGGAGGAGCCCGAGGAGCAGAAGCCCUACCAGAAGCCCGAAAAGACUCCCAAGCCCGAGGAGAAGCAAGAAGAAGUGAAAAUAAAGCUCGGAAAGGGCAAGAAAAAGCCCAAGGAGGAGGAACAGCCAGAGAAUGUCACCCUCAAGAAGAUCCCACAGAAGCCCCAGGAGGUCGAAGAGGAAGUGGAGCUCCAGCGAAAGCCCAAGGAGGUCAUUGUGGUCGAGGAACAGCCCAAGGAGCCCAAGGAAGGACACUUUGUGGUGCCGCCCUUCGAGCCCGUGGACUUUGAGCCUUCGGAGUACGUGCCCGAGGAACUGGAGCCCAUUGAGCAUCCGGAGAAGCCCGAGAAACAGAAGAAGCCCACGAAAACCAAGUACAAGCCCAAGGACAAGUCGAAGCCAGAGCCGGAGACAAUCAUCUCAGAGAUUGUCCCGGGCGUGCCCAAGGAAGAGGAGGAGGUACCCGAACAGCAGGUGAAGUUCCGCAUUCCCGAAAGCGAAGCUCCAGAGGAAACAGACUCUCAAAUCAAAUUGAAACCAGUGCCAAAGGUCCCUCAGGCUGAGGCACCCGUGGAGGCAGCCAUCGUCCAGGCAAAGGUCGAGGAACCCAAAGCGGAGGAGAUCCCAGAGACUCCCCAAGAGGAAGCGAAGAAACCAAAGAAACCCAAGGCCAAGAAGAUCCAACCAAAGGAGGAGGAGGUCUCCGAGGAAGUCCCACAGGAGUUCGAGGUCUCUCUGAAGGAGGAAGAAGCACCCGAGGAAGUUCCCAUUGAAGAAGAAAAGCCCAAGGAGGUGAAGGUCAAGCAAAAGAAACCCAAAGAGGCCCCGGUCGCCCAAGUGGAAGUUAAGGAGGAGGCACCGCAGCCCGAAGAAGUCCCCGAAGACAUACCCGUGGAGUACAAGAUCACGACCACAGUCCUGGAGCCCGAAGAGGCCCCCAAGGAGCACAAGGUGCGAGUCAUCGACUUCGAUGAGCGCCACGAGACCACCGAAGAAGUCAUCGAAGAAAAGGUUGUGACGCGCCGCAAGAAGCCAAAGCCACAGCAGCCCGAAGAGUACGAGGUGACGCUCCAAGAGCCCCAGGUCGAGGAACCAGAGGUUGAAGAGGUCACCGCAGAGGUCACAAUUCCCGUGGAGAAACCCGUCGAGGAAGCAGAGCAGUUUGAGGUUGAACUGAAGCUUACAGAACCCACACCCGAGGAACCUGUGCCCCAGGAGGUCACCGUCAAGGAAAAGUCUAAGAAGAAACCCAAGAAAGAGGUGAAGGAGGAAGAGAUUGUGAUCGUAGAAGAAGAAAAGAUACAACCUGUCGAAGAGGAGGAAGUCGUGGUGGAGGAGAAGCCCCAAGAAAAGAAAAAGACCAAGAAACCCAAGGAAUACGAAUUCAGUGUCACAGAAACGGAGGCACCCGUCGAGGAAAAGCCGGUGGAUGUGAUCGAAGAAGCUCCCAAAGUAGAGGAGGAGAAGCCCGAGGAACAGGUUAUCGAGUCCUUCGAUUCAUAUGAAAUCACCGUCAAGGAAACGGAGGCUGAAAAGGUCACUGCCAUCGAAGAACAGCCCGAGGAGGAAGCUCCAGCAGAGGCCGUCUUGAAGCGGAAACCUAAACCCAAGCCCGAGGCAGUGGAGGCCGAAUUUGUGCUGACAGAACCCAAGAAAACGGAGGAAAUCCAUGUGGAAACCGAAAUCAAACAGAAGAAAACCAAAAAGCCAAAGAAACCCGAAGAGGCAGCCGCGGCAUUGGAGAUCAAGGUUGUGGAAACGGAGGCAGCCCCCGAGGUUCCCGAAGAAGUGCCCGAGGAAAUCAAACCGGAAAUUGUGGAAAAGCAAGAAAUAAUCGUGGAGGAAAAACCACAAGAGUUCACGGUACGCAUUUCCGAAACGGAAGCCGCAGAAAAGCCCGUGGAGGAGCCUCAAGGCGAGGCACAGUUCACGGUCAAGAAACGCAAGCAAUCGGUGACCUUCGCCGAUGAGCCGGCCACAGAGAUAAUACUCAAGGAGCCCAAGCCCAUCGAAGAGGUCACCGAGGAGGCCCAAAUCAAGACCAAGAAGCCCAAGAAGAAGGUCAAGGAAGUGGCGGCGGAGGAGCUAAAGAUUCAAAUCACAGAGGAAAUCCCCGAAGAGGCGCCCAUCAUCGAAGAAGUCGAGGAAGUGGUCACAGAAAUCAAGGAAGUUGUGGCUCCAAAGGUGGAGGACAAGACCUACAGGAUCGGCGUCACGGAAACGGAAGCUCCCGAGAAACCUGUGGAGGAGAUUCCCCAGGAGGAGGAGGUGGUACCCGAACCGAUUGUGGAAGAGCCCGAGCCCCAAGUCUACGAAGAGCACAAGGUAAAGGUCAUUGAAGAGACUCCACGGGAAAUAGUGGAGGAGUCCAUCGAGGAAGAGGUCAAGGUGAUUCGCAAGAAGAAGCCCAAGCCAGAGGUCAAGGAGGAGCCCGAAGCGGCCGUCUCGAUCCCGGCGCCAAAGCCCGUCGAAGAGGUCGAGGCUGUUUCCAGCAUCACCAUCGUCCCCGAACAGCCCACCGAAGAGGAGGCCGCCGAACUCAAGAUCACCAUCAUCGAAGAGCAGGCCCCCGAAGUGGAGCUCGUCCAAGAGAUUGAGGAAAUCGAGGAGACGCCCGUCCCCACCGUCGAGGAGCUGCCCGAGGAGCAGGUCACGCUGCAGAAGAAGAAAAAGAAGACCCCAGUAGUUGUCCCCGAAGUGGUGGAAGAGCCCGAGGCAGAGUUUGUGCUGAAGCCCAAGAAGCCCGUGGAAGAGGUCUCCGAGGAGGCCAAGAUCAAAAAGAAGCCCAAGAAGGCGGCUCCAGUCGAAGAGGCUGCCGCAGAGCUCAAGGUAACCAUCACAGAGGAGGUGCCCGCAGAGCCGGAGCUGGUCCAGGAAAUCGUUGAGGAGAUCGAGGAGGUCCCAGAAGAAAAGCCUGAAGAGGUACCCGAAGAAAAACCCAAGGAGUACACCAUUGGCAUCACGGAGACCCAGCCAGAGAUCGAAGAGGUACAACCAGAAGCGCCCAAGGAGGAAGAGGUGCGUCUGCCCAAGAAAAAACCCAAGGCACCCCAAGUCGUGGAAGAACCCGAGGCUGAGGUCACCCUAAAACCCAAGCCAAAGGUCGAGGAGGUCCAGGAAGAGGCAAAGAUUGUCAAGAAAAAGCCCAAGAAGCCCGUCGAAGAGGUCGCCGCCGAAGAACUCACCGUCAAGAUCGAAGAGGAGGUCAUCCCCGAACCGAUUGUCGAAGAAGAAAUCGUCGAAGAGGUGCAACUGAAGAAAAAGAAGGCUCCCAAGGCGGAACCCGUCCCCGAGGACAUUGUGGAUGCUGCCGUGAUCAAACUGAAGAAACCCGAACCUGUCGAACCGGAAGAAGUGGUUGUUGAAGUCACACUGAAGCCCAAGGCCCCCAAGGAGAUCCAGGAAGAGGAAUUCUCUGUGGAUGUCAAGCUGCCAAAGGAGAAGAUCGUCACCGAAGAGACCUCCGAUCAAACGGUGCAACUCAAGAAGAAGAAGAAGCCACAGAAGCCCGUGGAAGAGGCCGCCGAUGAGUUGCAGCUGCAACAGACCGUCGUCGAGGAGAGGCCCGUGGAAAUCGAAGAGGAGGAAAUCAUCGAAGAGGCCGUCAUUGUGCGCCGCAAGCCCAAGAAGCCCUUCGAACCCUCAUUGGAGGAGCACGAGGAAACCGAGUUUAGUCUCUCGUUCAAGAAGCCCCACACGAUCAACGAGGGCGUAGAAGAGACCGGCACUGUCCUGAAGAAACGCCCCGCGAAGCCGCAAACCCUGGACGAGGCUGCCGCCGAGCUGUCCAUCCAACGCCAGGAAGAGGAGUACGAGGAGGGCGAGGACAUCGAAGAGUUUGUCGUCAGCGCCAGGGCCAAGAAGAAGCCACUGCAAAUCACCGAAGAGGACGAGGAGGCCUACACCGUGAAGAAGCAGCUGCGCCGGAAGAAGGUGGACAUUCCAGAGUACGGGGAAACGGAGAACGUGACGUUCCGUGCGAGAAGCACAAAGACCAAGGAGGAUGUCGACCAGGAGUUCAACAUUGCCCUCGACUCCUACGCGGAGGAGGAGGUCUCCAUGUCUGGCAAGAUCAAGAUCAAGAAACCCAUCAAGAAGACCUACAACGAGGCCGCCGAUGAAGCAAAGAUCAAGAUCAUGCAGGACUACGACGAUGGCCAGGAGCAAGUCAUCGAAGAAAUACGCGACGACGAGGACACCAUCGAUGAGGUCGAGGAGCCCGAAGAGUACAUGGUGGAGGAGCUGCCGCCGGAUGAGGUCGACUUCAAGCUGAAGCCCAAGAAGCAGCCAAAGCCCAGCUACUCCGUUCAGGACGAGGAGGAGGAGCAGUUCCUGAUUGGCAUCCGGCAGCCCAAGCGGGACUCCAUCACCUACGAUGAGGAUUCGCUAACAUUCAAAAAGAAGCGAAAGGUUAUCCAACAACUCUACAAUGAAGAUGGAGCAUCGCUGAAUAUCACCAGGGAAAUGAAUGUCGAAGAAUCGGAAAAUCCCAAUAUCAUGUAUUCGAUAUGCAAUUACAUUGCCGACAACGAUGAGGCCAUCAAUCUGGUGGAAGGUGAAAAGGUCACCGUGGUGGGACGCCACAGCUCCGAGUGGUGGUACGUGAAGAAGAGCAUCACCGAGGAGGAGGGCUGGGUGCCAGCCCAGUACCUAAUGGAGCCCGAGGAGUAUGCACAGUAUGUGCAGAACAAGCUCCACGAGAAGAUCGACAAGCUGCCGGUCUUUGAACGCCCGGGACCCGAAGACAAGCCCGUUGCCCCGCGUUUCAUUGAGAAACUGCAGCCCAUCCACACGCCCGACGGCUACACGGUGCAGUUCGAGUGCAAGGUCGAGGGCAGCCCUCGGCCGCAGAUCGCCUGGUUCCGCGAGACGGCCAUCAUCAAGCCCUCGCAGGAUUUCCAGAUCUUCUACGAUGACGAUAACGUCGCCACUCUGAUCAUUCGCGAGGUGUUCCCCGAGGACGCUGGCAAAUUCACGUGCGUGGCCAAGAAUGCCGCCGGUUUCACGUCCAGCACCACGGAAUUGAUUGUCGAGAGUCCACUGUCGGAUCACGGCUCAGAUGCCACUGCCCUGUCGCGCCGCAGCAUGUCCCGUGAGUCCUCACUGGCCGACAUUCUGGAGGGCAUACCGCCCACCUUCUCGAAGAAGCCGAAGGCGCAGUAUGUCGACGAGAACACGAACGUGAUUCUCGAGUGCCGUUUGGUGGCUGUGCCCGAGCCCGACAUUGUCUGGACCUUCAACGGGGAGGACAUCGACGAGGAGGAGAUCAAGAACAUUCGAGUUGUCACCGAAUCGGACAUGCACAUGUACUGCAGCGUGGUGCACAUCACCAAGGUGAAGAAGUCGCAGGAGGGCGUCUACGAGGUGAUUGCCACCAAUCGCGAGGGCGAGGCACGUCUGCCCAUCACCCUCAAGGUGCGCACCAGCCAGAAGGAGGCGCCCCAGAUCCUCGAGCCACUGCGCAACAUGGUCAUACGCGAGGGCGAGAGCGUUGUCCUGUCCACCCACAUCGUGGGCAAUCCCCCGCCAAAGGUCACGUGGUACAAGGACGGUAAGCCCGUUAAUAACGCCAAGUCCGACAAGGAUGUGCAUACCCUGACGCUGAUCACCCCCAAGAAGUCCGAAAAGGGCGAGUACACGGUAAAAGCAGUCAAUCCCUUGGGCAGUGUGGAGACCACUGCCAAUCUGACGAUUGAAGAACCCACCAGUGGAAAUGCAGAGCCGCCGCUGUUUGUGGAGCGUUUCGAGGAGCAAAAUGUCCCGCAAAAGGGGGAGAUACGUCUGCCCGCCAAGGUCUCGGGAAAUCCCGUGCCCGAGGUCCAGUGGCUGUUCAACAACGCCCCCCUGUUCCCCAGCGAACGCAUCCAGCAGAUCUACGAUGGCGAAACGAUCGAACUGAUCAUCAAGGAUGCCAACCCGGAGACAGAUUCCGGGGACUACAAGUGCAUUGCCAGCAAUCCCAUUGGCAAGACAUCGCAUGGCGCCCGCGUGAUCGUCGAGGUCGACGAGGUCACGUUCACAAAGAAAUUAAAGAAAACCAUCACCAUCGAGGAGGUGCAAUCGUUGACCCUCGAGUGCGAGACCUCCCACGUCGUCACCACCAAGUGGUUCUUCAACGGCAAAGAGCUCUCCGGCAUGGACCACCGAGUGGUCGUCGAGGACGGCAAAACGCACAAGCUGGUCAUCCGGAACACCAAUCUGCGGGACUCCGGCACGUACGUGUGCAAGGUGAAGAAGCAGGAGACCACCUCCACCGUGGAGGUCCUUCAGCGCAAGCCCGACUUCAUCAAGGUCCUCGAGGACUACGAGGUGACCGAAAAGGACACGGCCAUUCUGGACGUCGAACUGACCACGGAGGCCACCGAGGUCACCUGGUUCAAGGACGGCGAGAAGAUCACGAUCGAAAACAAGAAUGUGGAAUUCAUCAAGGACGGCAAGUCGCGUCGUCUGGUCAUCCGUGACACGACCAUCCACGACGAGGGCGAGUACACCUGCAAAAUCGAGGGCCACGAGUGCUCCUGUGAGCUCACGGUCAUCGAGCUCCCGCCCGAGAUCAUCCAUCCCCUGGAGGAUGUCUCCGUCACGAAGGGAGAGAACGCCAUCUUUGAGCUGGAGCUCAGCAAGGGCGACGCCCUGGUCAAGUGGUUCAAAAACGGCAAGGAACUGGUGUUCAACGACCGCGUUCAACUGGCCAUCGACGGCAAGAAGCAGGCCCUGCGCAUAGUCAAGGCCAGGCCAGAGGAUGCCGGCGAAUAUUCCAUCCAAGUGGGCGAGCAAACCUCCAAGGCCACUCUGACAGUGGAGGAGCCACUGGUGGACUUUGUCGUCCGCCUGCCAGACGUCACCUUGGCCACGAAGACCACCGAUGCCGAGUUCACGGUGGAGCUGUCGCAGCCCGAUGUGGAGGUCACUUGGUUCAAAAAGGGUAAGCCCAUCAAACCCAAUCCCAAGCAUGAGGUAUUCGUCGAGGGCACUGUCCGGCGCCUGGUCAUCCAUGAGGCCGGCGACGAGGAUGCCGGCGAGAUCAGCUGUGUGGCCGAGAACGUCACCAGCAGCACAAAGCUGUGCGUUGAGGAGCUCAAGCUGCCGCCCGUCAUUACCUCUGACAAGGAGCAGACCCUCAAGGUGAAGGAGAACGAGGAUGCCACCUUCACUGUCAAGUACACGGGCGGUGCCCCACAGCCGGAGGCCGUUUGGACCACCCGGAAUGUUGUCAUACCCAAGUCAAAGCGCGUUACUCCAUCGAUUGAUGAACAGUGUGCCACCCUGACCCUGCGAAAGGUUGUCGACGAUGACGAGGGCGAGUACACGGUGAAGCUGGUGAAUCCCGUGGGCGAGGCAGAGGCCAGCCUACAUUUGGUUAUAAUGCGCAAACCCACGGCACCUGGCACUCCGCAGCCACUGGAGGUGAUGCAUGACUCCAUUACGCUGUACUGGAAGGCACCCGAGGAUGAUGGAAAGUCCGAAAUAAUUGAAUACAUUCUCGAAUACCAUGAUGUUAAGGAAGAAAAAUGGACUGAAAUACGUAAAAUCAAGGAUACCACGUACACCAUCUCGAAGCUGAAGAUCGACACCGAAUACGUGUUCCGUUCGAUAGCCGUGAACGAGGUGGGACCCUCCCCGCCAUCGCCGCUGUCGCCGCCCAUUCGCCUGGUGCCGAAGGUCGAAACCGAGGCGCCCAGUGUGCGCGAACCCCUGCAGGACCUGUGCUCGGAGCUCGACAAGGAGGUCACGCUGUCCUGCGUGUUUGGCGGCAUUCCAGAGCCAAGGGUCGUGUGGAAGAGGAACGGACAGGUGUUCGAGUCGUCGAGCAGCCUGCGCUACGAGAACCGUGUGGCCAAAUAUAUUAUCGAAAAGACAACAAUUGAGACUGAAGCCACGUACACGUGUGUGGCUAGCAACGAGAGGGGCUCCGUGGAGACCUCCUGUAGACUGAAGCUGCAACAGAGGCCCGUCGUCGAGGUGGAGGACAAGUAUCUGCAGCAGAAGCUCCGCACAGGCAGCACUCUCACCAUUCCAGCAACGGUGCGCGGCUAUCCACGGCCCACGGUCGCAUGGCACAAGGACUCCGUCGAGCAGACAGAACAGACGUCCAUUGAGACCACGGAGACCACGUCCACGUAUUCCGUGAAGAAACUGAGCCGCGAACACUCUGGCAAGUACAAGGUGACGGCCACGAAUGAGUCGGGCUCCUCGUAUGUCGAGUGCACGGUCCAGGUGAUCGACAAGCCCAGCCGGCCGCAGUCCCUGGAGAUCAAGGACGUGAAGAAGGACUCGAUCAUCCUGGAGUGGACACCGCCGGUGGACGAUGGCGGUCUGGACAUCCAAAAGUACACGCUCGAGAAGUGCGACGUCCAGAACAACGUCUGGAUGAAGGUGUCCGACUUUGACAAGGACAUUCACUCGUAUGCCAUCCAAAAGUUGUCCAUGAACUCGCAGUACAUGUUCCGUGUGGUGGCCGCCAAUCCCAUCGGAGAGUCGGAGCCCACGGAAUCGGAGACCGUGACGAUAACCAAGAAGUUUGAAAAACCCUCACCCCCGCGCGGUCCCACCAAUGUCUCGGGCAUGAACGACACCUCCUUUACCCUGGCCUGGGAGCCAUCCGAGAGCGAUGGUGGCUCCAAGAUCCUCGAGUACAUUGUGGAGAUCAGGGAAGAGACUGAAACCGUCUACCGUUCGGUGGGCGUUACCCUGGGCACUGUCACCAACAUCCAUGUGGAGCAGGUCCUGCGCACGAAGGGCUACUUCUUCAGGAUCUACGCCCGCAACGAGGCGGGCACCAGCGAGGCCUACGAGACCACAGAAAAGAUCCUCGUGGGUCGUAAAAUAACUAAUGAAAAUGAUCCUGGUACGAUGGCCCCGCCAUCGCCUCCACAGAAUCUGCGAGCCCCAGACGUGACAAGCCGCAGCGUGACCCUCGAUUGGGAGAUUCCAGCGCGCAACGGUGGUUCCGAAAUCACAGGUUACUGCGUGGAGAAACGCUCUUCGACGUCGACGACCUGGACGAAGGUCAUAACCCUAGAUGCACAUCAGCUGCACUAUACGAUCGAUAAUCUGAAGGAGAAAUGCGAAUACUGGUUCCGAGUCUCGGCAGAGAACGAGAUGGGCCUGGGUGCCCCGGCCGUCACCGAGAGCAUAUCCCUCAAGACACAUGCCACCGUUCCUUCGCCGCCGACUGCCCCCCUGGAGGCGCGUGUCCUAGCCGCCAAUGCUCACAUAUUCGAAUGGGGUAUACCCGAGUCAGAUGGUGGUGCGCCACUGCUCGGCUACCACAUUGCCAUACGCGACAUGAAGAAGACCAUGUGGAUAGAGGUGGGUCGUGUGCCGGCCGGUGUGCAGCGGUUCCAGAUCCGGGAUCUGCAGGAGAAUCACGAGUACAUGAUACGGAUAUUCGCCAAGAACGAGAUCGGUCUGAGCGAACCUCUCGAAUCGGAGGAGCCCUACAAGGUUAUGACAGCAGGUCAUGAAAGCCUGCCCGACGAGCCACGCACUGAGAUGAGCACUUGCAACACCUCGUCAUGGCUGAGGGACCACAAUAUGGACGCCGAUAUCCAUUCGUAUGCCCGGGGCAGGCUCCUGCAACGUGACGAGUACUUCUUCAGGCUGUGGGCGCAGAUCCCCAGCAGCAGCAAAAAGAAGAAGAGCCUCAAAUAAGUCAAUCAUCAAGAGAGAAA